GGCACCGACAUUCCCAAAACCAACUCAAACGUACGCGCGUGACGAAACGUCGAACGUUCACUUGGUAAGGGCACCGUAAACGGCAUCCAAAUUCAAAAUUCCAAAUUUGGAACGCGCCCGGGAUAAGUGAUUUUUGAACGUGCAAAAGUGACAGUGUGUGGUGUUCGUUUUUAGAAAUCCCGUUAUUUACUGCGAUGCCAACGGUGGCGUGACACCGGGUUGACUCGAAACAAUCCGCUAUGUCUCAACCCCCUGGCCGAGGGCGCGCGCGGCCCCCUCCCCCCGUCUCCCCCUCCCCCCUCCACUACCGUCCACCUUCACCAUGGGCUCCAAGCCCACCCCCCUUAAUCUCAGGACCGAGGCACUCAACAGCUAUAGUCUCUCCACCUCCAGUCCAGCCGUCUCCUAAGCCGUUCAGACCACUGCAUUCGCCGCACUCCUUCCGUCCACAUUCACCAUCGCCCUGUUUCUCAAUUUCACCAUACCCCAUGUCUCCGACUAUGGGCCAGAGUCCUGAGUAUUACUACCAGUCUCCGUAUGAACCGGUUCGGGAGUACGAUUACGCUGGAGUGCCUCUGGAGCCGCCCCCUCCGCCGAGGCCGAUGAUUUAUGAGGAGGACGAGGAGAGGGGACCCUCGACUGCUGAGAUCAUAGCCAACCAGUCGCAGGAGGGAUACGUUGAUGAGAAACUUGCUGAGUACCAAGCUACAAUUCAGUUGUUGCAAGAUGAACAAGAGAGAGUACAGAAGAAAACAUUUGUCAAUUGGAUCAACUCACAUUUGUCGAAGCGCAUACCGCCAUUGCGCAUCGACGACCUGAUCUAUGAUCUACGAGAUGGCACCAAACUGCUGGCGCUACUGGAAGUACUUUCUGGGGAGAAAUUGCCCAUGGAGCGCGGUCGAGUCCUCCGCCGGCCGCACUUCCUCUCCAACGCCAACACGGCUCUCCGGUUCCUCACCAGCAAGAGGAUCAAGCUGGUGAACAUCAACGCCGCCGACCUCGUCGACGGGAGACCAGCGGUCGUCCUUGGCCUUAUCUGGACCAUCAUCCUUUACUUCCAGAUUGAGGAGAACAGUCGGGCCUUGGAGUACCUCGGAGGUUCAAGAUGCGCCUCCGUGAUGUCCCAGGAGUCAGGAGCCGCCACUCCGACCCAGAGGGCAGAGGACCGGUGGAAACAGGGAGCCAGGAAGACUCUUCUCCAGUGGGUGGCGAAUGCUUUGCCGAAGGACUCCAACAUCCAAGUCACGGACUUCGGCCCGUCUUGGCGCGACGGCAUCGCGUUCUUAGCCAUCAUAGACGCCAUCAAAGCCAACCUCAUCAAUUUAGCCGAGAUGAAGCGGAAGACGAACAGACAACGGUUGGAGCACGCUUUCGACGUGGCCGAGAAUGAACUGGGCAUCGCUAGACUGCUCGACGCCGAGGACGUAGACGUUGAGAAACCCGAUGAGAGAUCCAUAAUGACAUAUGUGGCGCAAUUCUUACACAAAUAUCCUGAACCCAAGACAACAGGCCCAGAUGCCGUAGCAGCAGUACAAGAGGAGUACGAAUCUCUAAGAACGUGGCUGACGGAGAGAGUCAGCACAGUUCAGAGGCAAUACGACUCGCGAACGCUCUCGCGAAACUACGACGACUAUGUGCGCGCCGAAAACGAACGGCUCUCUCGCGAACCUACAUACCAGAAACUGGAGAAACUCAUGUACACACAAAGCCUUGUCGCCAUCGCCCCAAAAUCGUGGCGAGAACUCGUUGCAUUAUGGAUUGAAUUAGAAAGAUUACACAGACGAUGGCUCUGGCUGUUAGAUUCGGAUUUACCCGGGGAUUUCAGAGUUGUUGGAGAAUGGCUGGCGAGAGCCGAAUACUUUUUAUACUUUGAUGAAAUCCCAAACACUUUGGACGAACGAACGGCUGCUAUUAUUAGCGAAAAGCUAGAAGAGCACAGCUCGUUCUUUGCUAGUCUGCCAGAGGUCAUUGAUAGAUUCGAAGCAGCGCUGAGGUCGCCAGAUGCGGCGAGGAUCCCUCCGGAAAGGCUCCAAGAUAUGAAGGAGAGGCUCGAGACAGUCAGUAGAAGAGCUCCUCAGAGGAAAGCCAGAUUAAAAUAUUUGGAGCACAAAUGUUGUAUAGUCGCUUUUACAGAGUUGACCAAGGCUAAAUUGGCCACGUGGACUGGAAAAUACGGUCGAAUAGACCAUGCUCGUGCCUUAUUAGAUGACUACGAUAACUUUGUGACUAAGAAUAAGAUUUUCCAAGAAUUUGAUAGAGCGUACGUUGAUAUAAAGCAAGUGGCUGAGGAAUAUAAGAGAGUGUGUGAUGUGGACAAAGCUGAAGCAAGGGAAAUAGAUUUGUUUUUGAGGGACGUGUCAGAUACUUGGAGACGAGUGGCUGCGGACGUGAGAUGCGCCCGAAGCGUUCUUGAAGAAGUUAUUGCUCACUGGGAAAGGUGGACCACAUUAUCUGAUGACUUUACUACCUGGUUGGACAAAGCUCAGCAUAUGCUGAGGGUAUCGGAAGAUGAGAGACUGGAAUUCUUCCAUGAUUUGACUGUGUGGAAAGAGAAACACCAAUUGUUGGGCGAUGCGGCAGGUUUCUUAGCUGCGACAUGUUCUGAAGAUAUCAGUUCUGAAGUAAAGAGAAAGUACGUGGAAAUAACUGAACGCUGGGAGCGUGUUUGGGAAGAGGCUGAGCGCUACGUCCGCGGGGGAGACGCUCUUCGCCACCGCCGCGAACUGGCUUCGGGCAUCCAGCACCUGGACAGCUGGUUGAAUGCCGCCGACAAUCUGCUGGCAAGGCAGCCUCGCGCCAACACGGGCGACAUACAGACAUACAUCGACCAUUUGCUGCAACUGAACUCGGAGAUAGAACAUCACGAGGAGCUGUUUAAGACCAUAAGCAGAACCUUCCAAACGGCGAUCGCGGAGUUACCCCGCGACGAAGUGGAAGCCAACAUGGCGAAGCUGAAGCAACAAAAGGAAGCAUUAGUCCGGGUCAGGGCGACAGUGCCGGUCAAACUCCAUCAGUACAGACAGCUGUUGGUCCAGCACGAGUCGCUGGAGAGCGGUCAGAAGGAGAUAGGACAAUGGCUGGAUAAAGCCGAUGAGACGCUGAGAAGCGGCGGUGAAACUAGACGCGAGGUGAUCGAGGAGCGCUACGAAAUCCACCGCAGCUUCUUCUCCAGGACUACAUACUACCGUUCCAUGCUGGAGAGCAAGAACAAGGUGUUCCAGAACAUCGUCAAAGCAGCCGACUCGGACAGAAGCGCCGAUGUCACGGAGCAAGUGCGCCUGAUGAGAGACCUAAAUGAAAGAUUCGCCCACGUGUCCUCGCAAGCAACACGCCGCGAGGCCGAUCUCCAACGUUUGGUCAGAGCCUGGGAGGAGUUUGAGGCCAAGAAGCGCUCCGUCGAGGAAUGGGCUUCGAGAGCCGAAGCGUUGCUGGCCGACAACAGGUUGGACUCGAAGCAGGCCGUCGACUUCCACAAGAGGUUCUUCCAAGGAGCUGAUGAGAGGGCCGUCGCUGAAUUGGUGCGGUGUGGUCGCGAGCUUAUUGAACUCGUCAACGAAGAGGAACGUCCUGGAGUGGUACAAACUGUAGAGGAACUCCAGCGGCGCUGGCGGGAGCUGCUGGCGCGGGCGCCGCCCCACCUGAUGCGGCUGGAGUUCAGGCUGGACGAGGCCGUGUUCCACCACUGCAUCAAGGACAUUGAGAAGGAGAUCGUUUAUGAGGAACAGGCCUACAACCAGAGCGAUGACGCGGACGGCAUCCUCAUACGGAACGAGGAGUAUUUCCGUAACCAAGGCAAGAUCAUGCAAGUGGAGCAUUGUCUGCAAAAUCUGAACAAGAUCGCCUCCAGCUACUCACAUCAGACUGGAGACAAAUCUCUUGAGGAGGCUGUGAGGAAAUGUGAACAGCAGUGGGAGAGUACUGUCCAUAGGGUGGAACAUUUCAGACAGCAAUUGCAGAGAAUACCAGCUAAAUGGGACGCUUACAGAGAGAAGUUCAGGGAAAUGGAACGGUGGAUGGACCAUGUGGAUAAGACGAUGGAUAGUAUUGUGAGAGAGGUUGAUUCUGCAGAGGCGUUUGAACGAGAAAAGACAAUAUUCCAGAAUAUCUGCCGUGAAGCUGACAAAAAGCGAGAAGACAUGAAAUGGCUUGUGCAAACCCUAGACAUACUAUCAAAUCAUUGUCCGGAGUUGGAAGCUCAAGAAGAACAAAUCAAAUUGGAAAAUUUGAUUGCCCGUUACAAAAAUUUAAUACCAACUAUAGAAAUAACAAUGAUCAAGACUGAAACUUACACGCGAUGCUACACCUACCGCAGGGAAGUUCAUGAAGUCAUUUGCGUACUUGAAUCUGCUAAACAACAGGCUUUGGUGGAGCCCGAGCCGCAGAGCUUGCAGCACGUAGAACAACUCGUUCUCGAACAACAGGCAGCUGUACAGAAGCUUGACCGCCAACGACCCUCGGUCAUGUCAAUGUUACAACGAGGCAAAGAGCUCAUAAAGGAUGCAAAUGCACCAGCAUUUGUUAGGGAAGAUGUCAGAAAUCUUGAGUCUGGCUGGAACACUGCUUACGAGUCUUCUACAGACCGACUACAUAAACUCCGUGACACACAAAAGGUUUGGUCAAACUAUGAAUACCAGAAAGAAGAACUCAUGUCCGAUCUUGACAAAAUUGAGAGUUAUAUUGCUCAUCCAGGGUUGGAACUGGGCGUCGGUAAUAUUGGCCGUGAACUGCAAGAAACUAAGAUACUUAGUUCAGAUAUAGAGAAAGCUAAGUCUGAAAGACUUCCGCUGUUACAAAAUGCAUAUGCCGAGUUACAAACUCUUACUGCUAACAAACCUAAGCCUGUCAUAGAAAAAGAUUUGGAGACAAUUGAACGAAAAUUAGGUAGAGUUGAAGAUGAAGUUCAAACUAAAGUUGUUCAUUUAGAAAAAUUCAAUGAAGAAUGGGUCAAGAUUGAACACAAAUUAGAACAUGUUCGAGAAUGGAUCAAAAAAGAAAGCCCAGCACUUAUAUCACAAAUUCAAUCUGAAAACAUUACUCCGGAAGAGCGUGUCGUGAAAUCACAAGCACUACAAAAAGUGAUUGCUGAGAAAUUAGAUGUAAUAAAGGGUGUUGCUGAUCAUGGUUCAAAAUUGGCAGUUGAGCAUCGUGUUCAAGACGCAAACAGAUUAAAAGGAGAAGUUGCUUUAUUAGAAAAAAUGAUGGCGGACUUACAACGUUCUACAGAACACCAAACUAAAGUUGUAGAGCAUGACUUGGCUAGCUGGCAACGAUACCAGAAAGGUGUAGCGGAAAUUAAACCAUGGAUCGAAGAAGCAGAAAUGAAAUUGGGAAAUGUACCAAAGCCAACAACACUGCCUGAAGCUCAACAAUUGCAGCAGCAGUCAAGGGCACUACUAGCUGACAGUGAUAAGCAAUUGAUGAACUUGCAGAUUUUGUCUAGUGUAAGCCAUCAAUUAUCAGGAAAAACAAGUGCUCCAGAUGAGGUUGAUGCUAUUCAUUCUCGCUGGGCUGUAGUUCACGACUUAGCAGACCAGUGGAAUAAUAAACUUGAUAAAUUAGUGACUAACUGGGAAAACUUCGACCGUGAAGCUGAGAAAUUAGAGGCCUGGAUUGAGAACGGCGAAAAGUUGCUAAGCAGUCGUAAUUUGUCUAUUGAUUCUCCACAAGUCGAAAAGCUUGAUCGUGAACUCAAUAAAUUAAAAUCAUUCGGAAAUGAGAUCUCACAGCAACAAGCUAAAAUCAUUAGUCUAUCGCAGUCAUGUGAUACUAUUUGUCACAGCAUACAACCAGAAGGCGCUAACGUACUAAAAAAUAAAGUGGCGGACAUUAAACAACGCACAAAUGAUUUGGCUGAAACUGUCAGAUCAAAGGUGAAUGAACUAUCUGACAAGAUAAUUGACAGGCAAGAAUUUGUCACUAAGUUACAUAACUUUGACAACUGGAUAACUGAAAUUAGAAGAAAAACAGAAAGUUACGAUCAAAUCGCUGCAGAUAAAGUAGAACCAACUUUACAGUCUAUGCAUGUAUUACUGCAAGAGCAUGCUGCUAAAACACCUGAAUUUACCGACAUAUACAACGAAAUCAAAAACAUGACCCUGUCAUCUCAUCCUGAUGAGUCUCGAUCCUUGAGUGAAACAUACUCGAAUAUAGCACAACACUAUCAAAUAAUUGAAUCAAAUAUACAACAAAAUAAAGCUGUUUUACAGAAAUGGGCUGACUUGUUAAACUGGUAUGAUGAUACAAAACAACAACUUGGUCAUAUUCAGUAUCAGAUCGAUGGACCAAAACUUACACCAGAAAGCUAUGAAAUACUGAGACAAGAAUUGGUUAAUAUUAUAACUAAAAUUCCAGAAUGGAAAAGCAAUGUUGCUUUACUAGAUGGACCCUCAAAAGUAAAAGUCACAGACCAAAACACAGGUAGAAUUAUGUCACCAACUAGCUUGGUCAAAGAAAUUGAAAUGAAAGCUGAUGCUUUAUUGAAUCAAGUUACAACGAAAAGAGACCUCGUACAAAAAGUUGGGGCUAGGUGGGAUAAAUUUAAUGUACAACAUAAUGCAUUAGCUCAAGUUCUACAUAAUAUUCAAUCAGCCCUUAAUGAUAUGGCACAGAAACCAGUACCUCUAACCGAGGCCGCAAUUCAAGAUAUGACUGAGCAGUUAGAUAAACUCGAUGCUGAACUCCGAGAAAAACAAUCUGUAAGAAAGGAGUUGAGGGAAGAAGGUUUACAUUUAAUGAGAGAAGAUCAGCCUAAUAUGGGAACUAUUCAAAAUGCUCUUUCAGCAGCAGAUAAUAAUUGGGACCAAAUCGUUAAUGUUUUACGUGAUACUAAAAACAAAUACAUAUUAUUAUCUUCUACUUUACAAGAGUUGAAAAAUUUUACUGUUGCUUUUGAUAGAGAAAUGGGUAGAGCAGAGCAACUGUAUAAUGAAUCAAAGGAUGCUCCUAGUGACUAUGUACAAACUGCUCAGUCAUUGGAUAAAGCUAGAAAAUCCUAUGAAAUAUUAAAACGAUCAAAAGGGUUACUAGAUCAAAUGGAUGUUAUCAAACAGUCUAUACUAAAACAAUCAUCUACAUUAGGUGGAUUUGAUACAAGUCCUUUAGAAGAAGCAUUCUUGACGUCACAAACCAAAUGGGAAAAAGUUAAUGAUGCUACCAUCAAAAGAAUACAAGAUUUGGAAUCACAACUCCAAGUAUGGAGACAAAUAGAUGACACUAAAAACCAAGUGAUAAACUGGCUUAGUGAAACAGGUCAAAAUUUGGCGAACGCCUGUGAUAACCUAGAAAUAAGAUUUGGUACAAAUCAUCUUGCUAAAUACAAGGAAGAAUUACCAAUAUAUUUGGGGUUGAAAAAUAGCAUUAAAGCCAAAUGUGAGCAAAUAACCAAUCUUAAUAAAAAUAUUCCAGUAAGUCAAGUUACCUCAAUAACUGACUAUUUAGAUAAUGAAUUUGCAGCAUUGCAAACGCUUGCAGAAAAUUUGGAAGGUGCUGUAUCUUCUUUGGAAACAAAAGAAAAUAAAUUGAAAGAAAAUAUUAAACGUCUUUCCGAUAAUGUCAGUAAAAUACGAGAUGAUAUUAUUAAAUGCGAUGAUAUGACUGGAGAUAAUGCAAAAAUAUUAGAUCGCUUGAAAAAAUGUCAAGCAUGUAAAGCUGAACUACAAAACUUAAGUGACGAAAUUGAUAACUUGACACAAAAUGUGUCUGAAAUGAAUGCCAACUAUCCAGGAUUCUACGAAUCGUUAGUUCCAAAAGAAUUAAGUACAUUACAAAAGAGGUUUGAAAGUGUGCUUAUCCAUGCCAAUAAAACUGAAACAACACUUCUUACAUUCUUACAAAAACUGUUCACCGACAAACUUGCAAUGUUUAAUAGAAACCUUAAAAUAUUAGACGACAAAACUAGAUGGUGUAUGCCUGAUGUCAGUAGUGACAAGUAUAAUCUAGAAGUUAAAAAUGCAGCUUUACUUGAUGUUGAAAAUGGUAUAGCUGAAUGUGUAAGCAAAAUAAAAGAAUUAAAAGAAGCCAGUGAUAUUUUAAAAAUUGUUGCUGAACCAGCAUGUGCUCAAGAAGCUGCAAUACAAACGGAAAAGGCAAAGAAAAAUCUAGAUGUUUUGGCGUCCAAUUAUGAUGAAAUAAAAAAUAGAUUAAGAGAAAAUAUGGAUGCAUGGCAGGAAUAUGAAACUUUAUUGGAGACUGUAUCUGAAUGGCUGAAAGACAAGGAAAAUAAGGUACGGCUUGAAGCCGCAAACUUGUUGAAUUUGAGUGAAAUCGACAAAAAAAUUGCUGAAGUUGAUGGAUUGAAUAAGGAAAUCAAAGAAUAUCAGGACGAAAUAACUAAACUUACUGCAAUUGGAGAGAAAAUAUUGUCACGUAACCCUGACUCUAGGGUGCUACAAUACAUCAGUCAUUUAGUGACUAGGUAUCAGACUGUAGGUAAAUUUAUGGACAAUCAUUUACAAAGAUUGAAAGACUUGAGGGACAAUAAAAGUAAAUAUGAUAAAUCUAUAACAGAGUUCAAAAACUGGCUUCAAGGUGCUAAUAAUAAAAUAAAAGAUUUGGCAAUGAUGAGUAAGCAUUCAAAACCUUCACCAGCUGACUUAGAGCAAGUUAAAAAACUAAACGAAAAUAAGGAAGUAGGUCAGAGACUACUUAAUAAUGCAAUCGAAUCUGGUGAAGCUCUAUUUAGUGGAAUAACUCCUGAAGGAAGAGAAGAAGUGAGAAAUGAAUUAAGAACUCUAAGGAACUAUUUUGAAGACUCAGUAGAUUCUCUUAAUAAUGUCAUUAAAGAUAUUGAAACAACUAUCAAUAAGAGAUCAUCGUUUGAUGAUACUUUUAAUCAAGUGCAAAAAUGGAUAGCUGAUAAAGAAAAGGAACUAGGCGAAUUUAAUCUAUGUCCUACUCUGCCUGAAAAGAAGGCGCAGCUUCAUGCUAACAAAAUUUUACUCCAAGAAGUUAAUUUACAUCAGUCAAUGCUCUCUCAAUUGACUGACAAAAUUAAAAUGAUGCCAGAUGAAGAAGCUGAAAAAAGUCUUUCCAAAACUAUAGACAGAUAUAAAAAUAUGUCAAAAGAACUUGAGAAAAGGGUUUCUGUAUGCGAAUCUCAUGUAAGUGAUCAUGAAAAAUAUGUUCAAAUGUUUGAAGACUGUCGGGAUCGUCUUAACCAUAUUGUAGCUGAAAACAGUAUUUUGAACUAUAAUGUUGUUACACAAAAAGAAGAUGUUGACGCAAAAAUUUUAGCAAUUGAAAAUAUUGCUACUAAAGGAAAACAAAUUGAAAGUAUUCUAAACACAUUGAAAACGCAGCUUAACACCGUUUUAGAGACAACUAGCCCUAGUGGUCAUCCAGUUCUUAUUAGCGAAUAUGAACAAUUGAAAGUGACCUGGGACCAAUUUGCCACACAGUGUAAAGACCAAGAUAAAAAACUAAAAGAUACAUUGAAACAUUGGAAUGAAAGCCAAAAGACUUUAGAUGAUCUUGAUGAAUGGCUAAAAGUUAAAGAAAAUCAAUUGAGGGAUCAGAGCCUCAAGAGUACUCUUGAAGCCAAAGUAUCCCAUUUAAACAAAGUCAAAGAAAUACAAGGUGAAUUGGCAGCAAAAAGUCCUGACUUCUCUGCUUUGACAGAUGCUAAACAAAACGUUGCUAAUGAGUCUGAGUUGAGCCAUAAAACUUCUAAGUUAGCUACGCGAUACCACACUUUGAAUAAUCUUGUAAAUGAGACUAUAUCAAAAUAUGAAGUAUUUGUAUCCGAACACCAAGAAUUUGAAAAAGACUACAGUGAUAUGGAAAAAUGGUUAACAGGUAUGCUGGGAGAGCUUCAAGAUCUUAAUGAAAUUGUUGGUGACUAUGCUGUUUUACAAGAAAAACAAAAUAAAGCCAAGGAACUGUAUGAAACGAGGAAUAAAAAGACCCCAGCAUUUGAAGAAUUCCUUAGUUUAGGUGAAAAAUUAUACACGCAUACAAGUCCAGAUGGAAGGGAAGUAAUCCGUCAAAAGAUUCGAAAGAUUAGAACUUUGUGGGAUAGUUUCGGUGACAGUUUCCAAGAAACGGUUAACAAAUUAGAUCAAUGUCUUUUGCAAUUCUCAGACUUUUCACUUGCUCAAGAACAACUUACCAAAUGGUUAAAAGACGUUGAAAGGGCGAUGCAAAAGCAUACUGAAUUAAAAGCGACAUUGGAGGAAAAGAAAGCUCAAUUGCAGAACCAUAAGAUAAUGCACCAGGAAAUAAUGACUCAUCAACAGCUAGUGGAGUCUGUCUGCGACAAAGCGCAGCAAUUAGUUGAUCAAACACAUGAUGCUUCGUUAAAUAUCUAUCUUCAAUCUAUAAAGCAACUUUUUCAAAAUAUCGUUACAAAAUCUCAAAAUCUUCAGGAUAAUUUAGAAGAUUGUGUAAAACGACAUGAAGAUUUAGUUCGUCUCUUACAACAAUACAAAGAAUGGCUUGGAUCCCAAUCAGAGAAACUUCUUGACAUUGAAAAUUCAAGUGGAGAAAAACCUGAAAUCGUACGGAAGCUGCAUUCUGCUAUGGCUCUCAAAGAUAUUGAAAAAAUCGGAUCUAAUAAAUUAGAUGAAAUUCGCAAUGUGUUUGCUAUAGUCAGUAAAAGCACAUCAGAAGCGGGCAACACUAUCAUAAAAGCAGAAAUUGAUAACUUACUAGAUCAACUACGUAAUGCAGUUGAUAAUAUUGGAGUUUCAGAACAAAAAUUAAAGCAUACGUUAGAUAUUUGGAAUAAAUUUGAUAAUUCAAUAGAAAGUAUAACAGACUGGCUAAAAGACAUGGAAUCAAAAUGCCGUGAUCAAAGCCUUUGCUCCACACUACAAGAAAAAGAAGAUCAAUUAAAAAGAUACGUUGAUCUACGUAACGAAAUAAAUGCUAAAGAAAAAGAAAUAGAUGCUUUUGUAGAUGAAUCUCACAGUCUUAUUCAGCUUAGUGGAGUAGAGCGUCUUAAACCGCUCGUGACCCAAGUUAGUAGUCGUUAUCAACAGUUGCAUUUAAUUUCCAAGGAUAUUGUCAAUCACUGGUCCGAACUUGUUGCAGACCAUAAAAAAUAUUCUCAAUUACGCAAUGAAUUCGACGCAUGGUUAAGGCCACUGGAAGAACAAGUAUCUCAAAUGGUAACAAAAGAAGAUAAAUUGAGUAUAGAAAGUAAAGGCAACAAACUUCAAGUAUUCUUAAUGGAACGAGAUAAUGGAGAACAUAAGAUAAGUAUUUUAACUGUUGCUGGUGAUAAAGUACUUCCGGAAACAGCUGCAAAUGGUAGAGAGAAUAUUCGUGGUGAAAUAAGAACUCUGAGAGAAAGAUGGGAUAAAUUGAAUGAUACAAUUCUACAACAACAAAAAGAAUAUGAGUCCCAAACUCUUCAAUGGUCAAGUUACCAAGAUGUUCUUCAGCAAACCCUUUCGUGGCUGGAUGAAAAAGAAAAAGUUAUAGAAUCCGAAGAAAAAUCUAUCUUGAAUUCAGCUCAAGAAAUAAAAUCUAAACUUCUCAAAAACAAAACUUUAUUGCAAGAAAUAUACUCCCAUAAAAGGGUUAUUGAGACAGUUACAGAAAAAGCUAAGAAUGUUGCAUCUACAUUACAUUCAAAUAAAGGCGAAAAUGAUGAAAUGACUGCAAUUAUACAGUCAGUUUGGGAUAGAUAUAAUGCGCUAACAAAUCGUCUUACAGUUGUUAUUGACAAACUCGAAAAUACGUUUGAGAUUUAUCAACAAUUUGCUGACCAGCAAAAAUCUUUACAAGAUUAUCAAAAACAUUUAUGGGAUCGUCUCCAUCUUUUAUCUGACUUUACUGGUAACAAAACAGCUCUUCAGAGUAAGCUUGGUAAAAUCCAAGAGUUGUUGGAUGCUAUUCCUUCAGGUAACAAUAAACUAAAAAUAUUAUCGGACCUAAUCGAUAAUAAUACUUCAAAACUAUCGCCUAGAGGUAAAGAAGCUAUGUCUAGAGAAUUAGCUCUUCUGAAGGCCGAUUUGGAGAAAUUUACAGCAACAGUUCACGAUGUAAAACGAGGUAUUGAGGACAAGAUUCAACAAUGGAUUGAAUUUGAUAGUGCUAACGACCGCUUGCAACAUUGGUUGAGUGAUACAGAGAUGAGCUUGAAAACGUACACUCCAAAAGCAACAUUGGAAGAGAAGAUUGAUCAGCUCAAUAAGUAUCAGGAGUUAUGUAAAGCGAUUGAUAAUCAUGAAAAUGAUUUGAACGCAGUCAUGAAAUCGGGAGAAGCUUUGGAUCAAGCAAUUUUAGCAAAUUUAAAGAAGACAGAAAAUGAUGUCGAUAAAGUGACAGAUGAAUUCAGCGAUCUUAUUGAGAAUUGCAACGAUACAAGAAUUACAAUGAAUUUGCAGCAAAUGACAUCUCGGUUCCAAUCAGUCCAAUCAACAGCUAAAGAGCUCGUCAAGAAGUGCGAGCAAGCCGUCAACGAUCAUAACGCUUAUCAAGAAAAGUACAAUCAAUGUACGGAUUGGAUCAAGGCAGCACAACACAAAUUUGACGAAUGCAACAAAAGCUUAUCUAAUACACCCGAAGGAAUUAGCGCCAAGAGAGAAGGUCUGAACGAUUUACUAAGUCAAAGGCGCAAUGCUACGUUGCUUGUUAAUAAUACUUUUGAACUAGGAGAGAAAUGUUAUCCAUCUACAUCUCCUGAAGGCAAAGAACUGAUCGAACAACAACUGCAAGAUAUGCAGCAAGCUAUUGAUAAUUUGUACGACAGUAUAACAAAAGCAGAAAGGGAUUUGGAUUCUGAAUUAAAUAAAUGGUCAUCGUUUGAAGAUAAUUUGAAAACGGUACAGCAGUGGUUGACUUUAGCCGAAAAGAAUUUGCCUAAAGAUAUAGAGUUAAAAGCAACGUUAGAUGAAAAAAGAAACCAACUUAAUGUUUAUAGAACUUACCUUCAAGACGCUAUAGCCCAUCAACAAGAUAUUUCUAAUUUAGAAGAAAGAGCGCAAUCUCUUCCAGAUGUUACUAAAGAUAUCACCAAGGAAAUAAAUCAGCUGAAACAGAGACAUGCAACUAUAUUAACUAGAGCUAAGCAAUUUGUUGAGCAAUAUGAAGCUAUAGUCAAUAAUCACCAGCAGUACACUAAAGCUGUCAUGGACCUGCAAGAAUGGGUUGAAGCUACACAUAACACAGUUGAACUCUGGGGAAAUGUAAACUUAGAACGAGUGGCUUUAAGUAGUAAUUGUGAAAAACUGAAAUCAUUACAGCUCAGUUUGCCAGAAGAAAAGAACAGAAUUGAUAAAAUACGUUCUCUUGGAGAGAAAGUUUUACCUGGAACAAUAAGCAACGGUCAAGCAAAUAUAAGAAACCAAAUUGAUUCAUCCCAUCAAGAAUGGGAAGGGCUUGUAUCUUUCAUAAAUAAGACUAUUGAGUCACUAGAAAAUAAAAUCCAACAAUGGAGUGAAUACGAGAAUAUGAAAGAUCAAUGUCUGGCGUGGAUAAGAAAUACUGACACUCAAAUUCACGCAGUUGAUCUAAAAGCUACUUUACCAGAAAAAUUGGAACAGUUCAACAAAUUUCAGGAAUUGCAAGGUGAAGUUCGAGCUAAAGAACUUGAAAUUGACAAUAUAACUGAGAAAGCACAAAAUCUUUAUAUUGGCGUUUUGGGACCUCGUGGCUCACAAAUAUCAGAUUUAUCCCUUAAGUAUCAGUCUCUAUCCCAAAAGGUUAAAGAUGUUACGAAUAGAUGGCAACAAUAUGUAAAAACUCAUCAAGAAUUUGCAAGCAAUGUUGCUGAAUGCUCACAAUGGAUGGAGGAACUUAGGGAUAAGUUAGACUUCUGCGCUGACUUAAGUUCUUGCUCACAAGAUGAUUUAGAGACAAAAUUAGUACUAAUUCAAAACUUACUGUUGACAAAAGAUGAAGGUUUUACCAAGGUGCAGUCAUUAGUAGAACUUGCUCAAAAUGUAAUGGCUAAUACAGCUCCCGCUGGUCACGAAGCAAUCAACAAUUCUCUUACGGCGUUACAAGAGCAAUGGUCUGCUCUGUUAUCAAGAAUGAUCGAAACAAAGAGUAUGUUAGAUGAUUCUGUUACAAAAUGGGCUGGAUUCUUGGAACAAAUACAAUUAAUAGACAAAAGUAACAGUUGGCUUGAAAAUAUGCUAGCCGAACUAACACCGUAUGAAGCAUCGAUACUUGAUAAAAGAGCACAGCUUGAAAAGCUUAAGGAAGUCGAAGAGAAAGCUCGUUGUGAUAGAUUGGAUGUGGAUACUCUAAAAGCAAAGGCUGCUGAAAUGAGCGCCAGUGGUCAACAAAACCAAGCUGCUUCUAAGGGUCAAGAGACUUUGAACAAGUUUGAUAUUUUAUACGAUAAAAUCAAAAAGUUACUUGCUGAUCGUGAGGAACAAUACAAAGAUCACAGGUUAUACAAAGAAGCACAUGAUGAACUCAUACAAUGGCUUACACGAGCUAGAGAAAAGGUUCCAUCGCUUAAGUCAAAACCGUUAAGUGACAAAUUAGCAAUUGAAAAUUCGGUUGCUCCUCUUGAAGCCCUUAUUAAUAAACAAGCACAAGGAGAACUGCUUCUUGAACAUUUACAACACACCGGUGAGGUUGUUCUGGCAAGUACAUCGCCAGAGGGUCAGGUAAUAAUCAAAAAUGAGAUGAAAGCCCUCAAAGAAAGUUUCGAUGACUUAUUCAAUGAAAUAAAACAACAGAAGAAUCAAUUAGAAGAUACAGUUAAUCAAUGGCGAGAAUACAAGGACGAGUAUGAAAGGUUGUCAGAUUGGUUACAACAAAAAGAAAUUCUCAUAAAAAAUCACAAAUUAGCCCUUUUAGGUACUGCUAAAGAAAAAGGCACACAAGUUAAUGAAGUGAAAGAAAUUGUUGGCCAAUUGAACAAGGGCAAAGAUGAUAUCGAUAACUUCAAUGCCUCUGCUGCUGGCCUGCUCUCCUCACACCUCGAUACUUUUGUCAAUAAUCAGCUCAGGCAUCUUAACUCCAGGUACCAGGUAUUAGUUAACAUGGCUAAUGAUGUCCUUAAAAAAGUUGAGACAAACUAUGAACAACAUCAGACUUACGAUGAUAAUUACGCAAAAACUAAGAAAUGGAUUGAUGAUGCCUGGGAAAUAACUCGUAGUGGUAGUGAAGCUGGCAGUAACAGCAGCAAAGAAUGUUUGCAAAAACGGCUUGAACAAAUUGAAGAUUUAUUGAAAAGACGUGAAGAAGGUCAAAACCUUGUUCACGCAACCAUUAAUAGUGGUGAAAAGGUGUUAAGAAAUACAAGAUCUGAUGGGAAAGAUAAAAUUAAUACCGAGUUAAAGGAACUACAGAACGAAUGGGACCGUCUUGUCAAGAAGAUGACAACAGCAAAAGUUCAUCUUGAGACAGCAUUGCUACAAUGGGCAGACUACAGCUCCAGCUAUUCACAACUUCAACAAUGGAUUUCAGAUAGAGAAGCAAAACUACAAGAAGUGUGCGAACAAAAGGUCGCAAAAUCCAAAAAAGGCCAGGACCGUCUGGCUGGCCUUACCACAGGUCUUGGACUCGGCGAACGAAAAGCCACACUCCGUCAAACAAACAAUAUUGUACAAGAUAUCGUUUCGUUUGAACCUAUGAUUCAGUCAGUAACUUCUAAGGCUUCAGAACUCAUGCAACAGGCUCCAGCGUCUGAAAUCACCAGCAAAUAUGAAACUUUGUCUAAACAAGCUAAAGAUUUAUAUGAAAAACAAAAAGAGACCGUAGAACAACACCAAGCAUUCAUCGAUGCUGGUUCAGACUUUGUCCAAUGGAUAAGAGCUGCCAAGGAAAGACUAGGCAAGUGUUCAGAUGCUACUGGAGAUAAGGAAUCGCUGAGCAGUAAAAUUUCACAACUUAAAGUGUUAGAAAGUGAAUUACCCGAGGGCCAGGCAAAACUACAAAAAGCGCUUGAACAGGGUGAAAUAUCAUGCGGAUUGGCAGACGAUGAGGAUAGGGAGGAAAUAGAAGAAGAAGUCGCUCUUAUGCAAGAAGAAUACGAUACCUACGUUGAGCAAUUAAAUAAUACUAAAGCCUUGAUUGAAGGAGGUAUCGUGAAAUGGACAGAAUACGAAGAGCAAUACAAAGAAGCCCUAGAUUGGUUGUCAAAGACUGAAAAACUAGUACAAUCAUUCAACAAACUACAAAAUGACCUAGAGCAAAAGAAAGUCGUUCUUGAGGAGUUCCAGGGACAUCUUCAAAUGCUGUUUGACUGGCAAGCUGAACUCGAUAAGCUGAAUAUGCGUGCGCAGACCUUAUUAGAAACUUGCGCAGAUACUAGAGUAUCUAAUGGUAUUACCCAGCUAACAACAAAAUACAACGCUUUGUUGUCUCUAGCUAAAGAAGUAAUGAAGAGACUUGAACUUCACUACCAGGAACAUCAACAACACAAUGCCCUCUACGGAGAAUGCCAAGACUGGCUUGACAGAACGCGUGAAAAACUCAAUCAGUGCGCUGAAAUACCGAACACAUUACCUGAAGUGAACAGUAAACUUAAUACUGUUAAACUUCUGCGCCAAUCUUUGGAACAAGGUCAAAACAAGCUGAGGUAUCUUUUGGAACUGAAAGAAAAGGUCAUUAUGAACACAGAGCAAGCUGGUGCUGCUAAAAUACACGAAGACACGGAUAAUCUUAAACAAGAGUUUGAUAAACUAAUAGCUGAUUUGCAAGAUGUAAGAAAUAAGCUCACAAGUAGAGCAGCUCAGUUUGAUGACAUAUCUAAGAUUCAUAAGUUAUUGGUAGAAUGGUUAGAUGACAUCGAUCAAAAAAUACAAUCUGAUGACUCUUUAAUGGACGAUUUAUCUGAAAAGAAAGCUAAACUGGAAAAAUUCAAGACUUUUAACAGAGAUAUCGACUCUCACAGCGAUCUGGUCAAGAAAUUAAAUGAAAAAUUGAAAGAGGACGCUUCUUUGAAAAAUAAGGAUAUUGAUGAUACCCUGAAACGAUAUGACAGUACCAAAAACACAGUAAAUGACAUGAUAAACAAACUUGAGGAUUACGUCAACUCUCACAUUCAAUACAAGGAGGCAUACGACAACUUUUAUGAUUGGAUUCGUAAUUGCAAGAUAGAAAUACAACAAAGUUCUGACUCACACGGGGAAAAGGAAGAAGUACAGAAAAAACUUAAGAAUGUGAAUAAAAUCACUGAAUCUUUACCCAAAGGAGAAGCGUUACUAAAGAAAACUAUCAAGCUCAGUGAGGCUGUCUUAAAUACUACUGGUAAUGAAGGAAAAGACAAUAUUAAUCUAGAGAUCAAGCAAUUACAGAUAGAAUGGGAAAACCUCCAACAAAUUUGUAAGGACACAAAGAAAUUAUUAGAAAAGUGUCUCUCAGCAUGGUCAGACUUCCUAGAAACUUCAGGCAAGAUGAGCAAGUGGGUAAAAGACUUCGACAAUAAGCUGAAAUCUGUGCAAAAAGUCGAUAAAAUUACCCCUGAACAUCUUGAAAAGUGUCGUGAACUACUAUCUGAAGCUUUAGGCCAUAAGCAUGUUUUAGAAGAACUAAAUGAUAGGUGUGAAAACCUAAUGGAAUUGAGUGCGUGUGCUUGGGUUCGUGAUAAGACUGUAAAUCUGCAGACGGAAUACACUACUUUGUUGACCAAGAUUCAAGGUUUGGUUUCGAAUGGCGAAAAGAAUCUAUCGGACCACACCGAAUUUAUCAAAGCUAAACAAGAGCUUCAACAAUGGCUUGAAACCGCUCAUGGCACUGUUCAAGACUCUAUUGGAGUUGGAGAUAUUGACACGACUAAGGACAAGCUAGAAACUAUUAAACUAGUAAGCAACCGUAUGACUGAGGGUCAUCAUCUAUUAGUUGUCUUGCAAGAGGCCUUCAAAAAAGCAUUAAAUAAUACCCCGCCAGAAGAACAAGAUGGCUUGAGAAAUGACGUAAAAGUACUGCAAGAAAGCUGGGACCAACUUAAGAUUGAUUUGAACUCCAUUACGGCUCAACUUAAAGCAGCUAUUGGAAAAUGGGAUGAUUUCGAAGAUUCAAAGAACAAGAUGAACCAAUGGAUUAAAGAUACUGAGCAGAACCUAGACAAGGUGCCACCUACAGGUGGUGAACUUGGUGAAAUGAAGACUUUACUAGAGAAAUAUAAACAUAUCGAAGAGGAAAUUGACAACAAAAAACCUGAGUUAGAGAGAUUGAAGAGUGAAGCUGCCGAACUGAGUGGAUGGGCUAAAAAACCAGCCGUAAAGGAAUCAGUCGCAGACAUUGAAAGAAAAUGUAAUGCACUACGAGCAAAGUGCGCCGCCAAAAAAGCUGAACUUGAAUCUGAUAUCAAAGACUACAACCAAUACCACCAGUCUUUGCAAGAUACGGAAAAAUGGUUACUGCAGAUAUCCUUCCAGCUCAUGGCUCACAAUUCUUUGUACAUAUCAAAUAGAGAGCAAACUGAAGAGCAGUUGGCACAACACGCUGUAUUGUUAGAUGACAUUCAAAAAUACAGAUCCACUCUUGACGAGCUAGAAGCGAAAGGGAAAGCUCAAAUUGAAAGAUAUGAAGCUACGACACCUUCAAUCAAAGAUACUGUAGGAAAGCAACUUAAGAAUGUCAACGACAGCCAUAAAUCUUUGUUAGCAACCGCGCUACAAAUCGAACGAAGACUAAGAGAGGGGCUUGCUAAAUUCAAAGAAUAUGAAGAUACUCUUGAAAGCAUUCUGAAUAAUCUUGAUGAGUGUGAGCCAGCGAUUACUGAGCUUGAUGUCCCCGUAGAUGGAUUAGCUCAUGGUCGCGAGUUACUUGAUAAAGCCAGGUCUCUCCAUAACCGUUUGCAAACGGAGAAAAGCCGGCUGUCUGCAGCUGUGGCUGCGUGCUCAGCUGCUGCUGCAUCAGUUUCCCGUCCAUCUUCACCAGCAGACUCGGCUCCGUUGCCCAUACCACCCAGGGAACUUCACGUCCGAGCCCGUCUUGAAGACCUCAUUGAUCAGACACAUGUCAGUGAUGUAGCCAGUGUGCCACGCAUACAGUCUAUCUUAAGGGAUGUAGAAGCACCAGAGUUUAAUGAAAAGUUGAUGACUUUCGAACAAAGGGUACAAAGUCAUUUGGAAACUCUGGGAGAUGCUGUUCAGGGCAUGGAAGAAGCUAUGAAGCAAGUGGUUGAGAUUCAAGAAUGGAUUAACAUCCAUAACGCGCUGGCUCGGGACUGGCUCGCUAACCCAUCCAAGCUGAGGCCGGAGGCAGCUAAACAAGACAUGGCUGCAAUGAGCGACGCUCUUGUGUCACUCGGAGAGAAGAGGAAUAGACUACUGACGGAGAUUCCUACGGAAGGUCUGGAAGAUGAAAUAAAUUUAGAAGAUGAAUUAGAUAGUUUAGAGGAAGCCAUCCUAAAAGCAAUUGAAAGAGAAAAGGGCAAUCAGUCCAUCAUUGAUGACUUUAGACACAAAUGCCAAGAAAUUCAUGAUUUCUUUGAUUCUGUCUUGAAAAAGAUGUCCCUGGCGGACAAAGGCUCUGGUUUACCAUGUCCUCAGAAAUUGAACGCAUUAAAAGAAUUGUCUACAGAAUUUGGACAAGCUGGCAAAGAUAAAGUUGAUACUAUUAAGGCUGUAGGAACGCAAGUUAUCAAUAUUGUCAGCAAUUUGGAGUCACAGCAAGUUGAAGAACAAAUGAAAUCAGUUGAACGGAGAUACAACGAUAUCUCUAAGCGCAUUCAAAGAAAAUUGCAAAUGCUGGAAAUUACAUACAAAGCUAUUGAUGGUACGAAGAGUGAAGUUGCUGCACAAAAUGAAUGGAUGCAAAAAGAAAUUGACAACAUUCUUCAUCCAGUACCUCUUGGUUAUGAAAGUAAAUCAGUCAAAGAAAGACAAAAGAAAGUUGCGAACCUUUUGAAGGAUAAUGACGCCAAAAAAACAGUUAUUGAUUCAUUGGAGAAGAAGGUAAGCAAUAUUCAAUCAGAACUGGAGCCGUCAGAACAGAUGCAGUUAGAAUCAGAAUUAUCUGAUCUCUCAUCUAAGCAAAAACAAUUGGCUGGUCUUAUUAAACAAGAAAUUGAAAGACUAGGUACAUGUACUGAAGAUAGAAAGAAACUGGAAAAUGACAUCGAAAAGGCCAAGAACUGGCUUAAAGCGAAAUUGGCCGAAAUCAAGAAAUUAGGAGGCCCUGUUCCAUUGGAAGUCGCAAAAGUUGAAAAAGAAAUUUCUGUACAUAAGAAACAUCAAACUGAACUGUCUGAUUUUAAUAAUGAUAUGCUAGCCGAAGUCAUACGACAGGGUAACGCUGUAUCAAAAGAUUGUUCCAGUGAAGAUAGGGCAAAGCUACAAAAUAUACUGGAAGAUUUAAAUAAGUCAUAUACAAGUGGAAAAGUUGAUAUUGAUGAAAAAUUAGCAGCGUUGAACAAAUUAUUGCAAGGAAGAACUGACUUUGAAACAGAAGUUGCCAAAUGCCAGAGCUGGUUAAAUGAGGCAGAAGUAGCAGCAACGCCAGAGUUACGAACUAGCAAUUUGCAGCUUUUAGAAGAACAGCUUGCUAAAUUUGAAAAACUAAGUAAAGAAGCAGAAGACGUUGAAAAGAACAUCACUAAAAUCAAAGACAAAUCCAAGGACAUAAUGGAUACCUUGUCUGAUUCCAAUAAACUACAGCUAAAAGAACAAGUGAAUAUAUUAUCUGAUAGAUUUGCUAGAAUAAAUGCUAUAAUCAAUGACAAGAAGAAUUCACUCCAAAAACAAAUUAAAGAUUACAAAGAUGCGGCAGCUAAGAUUGCUGCCGCUCUUGAGUUUUUACAUGAGAUUCAAAAUAAACUUAAAGCUCUUAACAAACCAAUCGGAAGCAAAGUUGAAGAUGUUCAGCCAAUUAUUCAAGCGUAUGAAUCUAUUCUCCUUGACCUAAAGAAAAAUAGGUCAAUGCUUAAUGAAUUACAAGGUAGUAAUUUGCAUAACAUUCAAGACAUUAUCACUCAACAAGAUGACUUAAUGAAUACGAUUGAUGAUCAAAUUUCGAAACUCAAACAGCUUUUAUUGUUACGAGAACAAUUCUUUGCUCUUAUCAGAGAAAUCGAAGAGUUUAUUGCUAAGUACACUGAUCUGACAUCUGAAAUCGAAAAGUCUAAUGAUUCACUUGAUGAUAAAAUUAAGCGUUAUGAUGAUAUUAUCGUUAAAAUUCAAGGCUGUGAAGCUUUAUUAGCCACAGCUACAGACAAAGGCCAACAAAUAGCAGCAGAAGGGACAGUUAUUGACAGAAAUAACAUCACUGAACUCCUACAGUCAUUGAAACAACAACUUUUGACACUACGAAGAACAGUAGAAUCCAAGAGACAAGAGCAUGAACGCGCCGCUGCAGAACAUAAGAAACUAGCUGCUGAUUUAUCCGAAAUAUUGCAAUGGCUUCAUGAUAAUGAAGCUGCCGUGCAUUCAAGACCUUUACUCAAUAGAGACGUAACUAGUGUCGACAAAAAACUAAUUGAACAUGUAGCUUUAGCAAAGAAUGUGCAAUCAUAUCUUGAUAAAUUGACAAAAAUUACUGAUGUAAUCAAAAGCGAUGACGGCGUUCCUGGUUCAUUAUUAGAAAUGGUAUCUGAAGCUAAUUCACUAAAAACAUCGUUACCAGAAGAAUUAGCGAACAGAGAGAAAUAUUUGCAGGAUAAUAAAAAGGAUAGGUUACAAUAUAGUAAAUUAGUUGAGAAACUAAACAUUUGGGUUAACGAGGCAGAAAUUCGCUUGGGUAUGGGUAAAAAUGGCACAGAUUUUGAAAACAUAGAUACCGACUUAGAGGAACACAAGUCAUUCUUCAAUACGUCUGAGCCGGAAAUGAAAGAUUUGGUUGGGAAACGUAUGCAAGAUGUGGUAGAUAAAAUAUGGCCAUCAUUAGCGGCGUCAGAGCAAGAAGAAUUGUCGAAAGAACACCAAAGGCACAACCAAUUGUUGAAGAACACAUUGAAUUCGGCGAAAUCGCGUCAAGCACAAUUGGAACAAGACUUGGAGAUCUGGAAAGACUUCUGUCAGUUGGUGGAUAAGAUCAAGACUAUCUUGGAGAAGAACGAUGUUAAAGAUGAACCUGUGACGUCGGUGGAUAAUCUACGGAUGCACCUUGAGAAGCUGAAUCACGCCAAGAAUGACUUAGAGAACCAGCAGCCGCUCCUGGAUGUGGUCCGGGAGCGGGCGCGGGAGAUCUGCGCCGGCGCAGACGCUGCGAGCGGGGAGAGAGUGGAACAGAAGACCAGAGACAUGGCGGACACCUGGAGCAUCGCCUGCGAAGGUCUCGCCAAACGCGCCGCGACAGCUGACCAGCAGCUCCAACGCUGGAGUCAACUCCUCGACGUGCAGCGGAACUUGGCCGCCUCCAUCACGGCAGCGUCAGACAGGCUGAGGCAGCUCGACGCCAGCCCCAGCACCAGGAGGAAAGCUGUUGACACCAGGCAUGCUUUGCAGGAGCUGCAGAGUGAAGUCCAGGGUCUGGAGGACACCAAGGACGAGUUGCUGGAGCACGCUGACUUCGUGGUAGCCCUUCUGAAGCCGCACUCCAAAGAGGCAUCGGAAGAAACCGACAGCACUGUCAGGGAGCUGGUCGAAGCUUAUGAGAAAUUGCGACAGACCAUAGCGGCGAGGCUCGCGGAGAUCGAAACAGUGGUGUCCGAAUUCGACCGGGUGUCGGAGAAAAUUGACGAGCUCCGGCAACUGAUAGAAGUUUGCAUCGCUAAAGUCAAGACUUUCUACGUAUUUGGCGAGGACGAAACCGAAGGCGUGCGCGCUCUGGCCAAAGAAGUUUCGGAUUUAGUUGAGAGAACAAAGAAUUUCACUGAAGAGAGCAGAAAAAGAUACGGCGGGUCCGCUCCAGCGGACGUGGCACAGGAGCUCUCUGCGUUAGAAUUAUCAUCGGAAGCAUUAGCAGCAGCAAUGGAAGAAAAGGAAAGGGAAUGGAAACGUGCGCGAACAGCCCGCUCUGAGUACGCGACAGACGUUGAAGAUGUCCAAGCGUGGAUAAGAGCUGCCGAGCUGACGGCCAGAGAUCGUACUCUUCCGCCGGAACCUUAUAGAGAACGCCUCGUGGCCACUAGAUCUGAAGUACCAAAUAUUGCAGAUCGAGUGGAACGUCUCACGCGCAACGCUCGCGCCAUUGUCGAGGGCAGCCGCGAUGCUGGAGAAAGACAACUGGUUCAGUCCACAGUGACCGCCCUUUCUGAGCAAUUUGCCGCUGUUUAUAGUGAAUUGGAAGCCCGACAGGCAGCUGUUGAAGAUGCCUGCGACGCUGUAGCUAGGUUCCUCGCAUUAUUGGAGAAAGUUCUACUUUGGGUGGAAACACAACGUGCAUUCCUCGCGCGGCCACUCCCAUUGGCCGACUUGCAGGAGGCGCAGCAGAAACAGACUGAAUAUGGGAACGCGCUCAAGAGUUGCAAGCAGCAAGCGAAGAAUCUCGCAGAUAUGGCCAAAGAAAUUGAGACGAUAGAACGCGUCACUAGUCCUGGGGACCUGCCUUCAAGGCUUGAAGCGGCUGAGAAUGCCACAGUUGAUGUCGAAAAGAAAUUAGCAAAGAUCAAUGGAUUAUUAAUAGAAUUAGCAGAAGAAUGGGAGAGAUGUGAAAAGAAAUUAAAGGACGUCGGACACUGGCUAGAGGCAACAGCAAGAACUCUGGAGACGCCACAAAACGCGAAGAAGCCCCUCAGAGAUCGCCUCGCUUUCAGAGAAAAACUUAUUAACGAUAUUUCCACUCAGAAAACUAAAAUUUCAUAUGCAGUUGAGAAAUUAAACGUACACUUUGGUCCGGACGGCGUGGCGGCGCAGUCCAAAGGACCAGAGGGCGUGGAAGCCGCUGCACGAGAUCUCACGGCGUCACUUGACGCACUCGGCACUCAGACCAGUGGCCAGGUCCAACAACUGGCAGCCGCGCUGGCUCAGGUCGAGGCCUACUGUGCUGAUGUGGCACGGCUUCGAGCACAACUGCUUGAAGUAGAGCAACAGUUGCGCCACGCUGCCCAGCCCAACUACAGCCCUUGCGACCCCGACAGGGCGCAGAGACAACAACAGGAGGUCAACCGGCGUAUCGAAGAGCUGACUCGGUCUAUCCACGCGCUGGACCCCUACUUCGUGAUGCCGUCGACGCCGGCCGAGGCCGACGACUCCGUGGCCACUCUGACCAUGCUCGUGUCCACGGCUGACCACGCGCGAGCCAACAGGCGCGCGCGCUCGCCCGAGCGUCGCGACCGUAGGAGGCAGCCCGCGCAGUUGGCUACCCUUACCGUACCCGACAAACCAUCCAGAGCAAAGAGUCCCGCCUGGGUGCUAGGAGGAACUACUUACGCUGAGAUAGUCAAAGGCUAUGGCUCAAGAUCGAGCUCAAUUGGAUCUAGACAUCCAAGUACUCAUAGACAACCCAGUACGCAAAGAGAGCAUUAUCAAUACGAACAAAAGGAAACUAAUACAUCCAUCACAGAUGAAAACAAAUAUCGUGAAAAUCUGAAUGUGAAUGUGCAACAGUGUGUGCAAUGCGACCUUACAGAUAUUUCGGCAUAUGGUAGUGAAGGGUAUAGUGAAUCCCGUGUGUGUGAAAACUUCAGUGAAAGUGAGCCGUUAAAGGACGAAUUCAUUAAUUUGGAACAUGCUUCCUACACUAACGUGUCAACUCAGCAAGUACAAACUUAUGACACCAACAUUUUAAAGGACUAUCAAGAAGUAGUUACGAAACCAACAGAAAAUUAUGUUAUACCUACCGAAGAGAUUGUAUCCAAAUCAUUGAGUAAUUUGCUUCCUCCUGAAAGAGAAGUGAGGGCAUCUAGUCCCGGUGCAACAAACCGCUCACCAGAUUUAUCUUAUGCUGAAAUAUUGGCUCUGGGUUUGCGUAAGCAACCAAAAGCACAAAGUGUAAUAUCCUUGCCAAAACCACAGACAGCACAAGUAGAGCUAGUGAAAGAAAUCGUGGUUGAAGCAGAAAAAUUGCCACCCGUACAAAAAGAACCCAAGUCAGCGCGCAUAGAGGCAACGCGAACAAAAACUGAGAGACCACAACGAAGUCGAUCAAGAGAUAUGCCAAAACAACGACGUGCGCCUGAAAAACGAGCAACUAAAGCACAUGACGUGCAGGUUGUAAAAAAGAAAAAACCUUCUAAGAAAGUAAUUGAAGUUCAAGAUUUUGGGGAUAUAACUGAAAUAUCAACACCAGCAGAAACAUCUCAUACAGUUACUAUCACAUCUGCAGUAAAAGAUACUGAUAGCAAAACGACUAAAGAAAGUCAUAAAAAAAUCCAACAUAGUGCCACAGUAGUAGAAACUCUUCCCGAAUUUGUAGAACUAGAUCAAUCGGUCAGUGCAUUUGAAGAUACCAUGCAAAGAAAAUCUAAGAAAAAACAAAAAUCAAAAAAACCAAAGCCAGCAGAAGAUGAAAUUCAGCAAGCUUUAAAAGAAAUAGAAGAAUCUGAGAAACAAAAGAAAAAGAAAUCAAAAGAUACUGAUAAAAAUAAAGACAGUAUUAAAAGAAAUGUCAUAACAAUGUCUCAUCAAAAUGCAGAAGUUGAUCCUUCAGAAAUAGCGACAGAAUCAAAUAUUAAAUCUGACACCAUAUAUUCUCAGGACACUUUGGAAAAUAUUGUGAAAGAUUUCAUAACAUCAGAAAGUUCACAAGAUUUAAAGCUUACUACGAUUGAUACUCAAUCAAAACACAAGAAAAAGAAAGGCUAUAAAGAACUUCAAGAUAAAGUGGAGAAUUCUGAAAUAACUUUACAUUCUAGUAAUGAAACAGUACUGGAAACCACAAUAUUAAAUGAUGAAAAAAUUUUAGCUCCAAGUAGUAUUGAAAAUGUCGUGGUUUUAGAAGGACCCGAUAUUGCUACAAGUCAACAAUCAUACAUACCGCAGGAAGAACUAGUCUGUAAAAAAGUUACUGAUAAAGAACAACUUCCAAAAGAUCAGCAAAUAUCUCCUGUGUUUGUUAACGAUGAAUCAGUUAUUCCUGUUACUGAGAGUUCCUUUUCAUCUAAAGCAUUUGCCCUUGAAAGAAGGGAAGAGUUACCCGUUACUGAUGCUACUGUAAUACAAAAUCUAUCUGAAACUAUUCCUAAAAAUAAGAAAAAGAAAAAGAAUAAAAAACAAGAAAGAUUUUCAGAUGAUAAUAUUGCUGUCGAAACUAUACAAACGCCACCAACAGAGGUAACAAAAAUUAUCGAACCAAUAAAAACGGAAACCCCUAAUAUUAUUGAACAAGUUGAAGAGUCACAACCUCAACAUAGUAAGUCGCAAGCAGAACAUCAUGACGACAAUUUUGUACAAACCAAGAAAGAAAAGAUAAAUAUCGAAAAAUUAGCUGUAGAUGAAGAAUCAUCGCAUAAAAAUAAAUCUAUUAAAAAGAAAUCUAAAUCUAAGAAACAAAAACAUUUAGACGAUGAAACAGAAAUUUCAUUCAAAGAAUUGAGACAACCUGAAGUUGAUCAAAACUAUGAAGCUGACUUAAAACAAGCAAUCUCUGUAGAUAAUAAUAAAUCAGCAAAUGUUAAGCAAGAAAUUUAUUCUGAAACUAUAGAAAAUAUUACACCUACAAAAGAAAUUAUCAAAAAAGUAGAUUGGAAUGAUCUUAUUGCUGAAGAAGAAAAUGUUACGUUGCCAACUUUGGAACCCAUUUCUUAUCAUGGAUAUGAAGUUGACAUUAAUACUGCGGUUAAACAAGCUAGUGAAGUUACUAUUUUAGAAGAAAGAAAGAGUUUUUUGAAUCAAGAAUUAACAGAAAAGCAACAAGAUGAAAUAAAAGCUACUCAAAGAGCGCAAAUAUUGCCUAAACCUGAUGAUGCUCAGGAUGAAUUAUCGGAGCAGUCCGAAUUGUUUACUGUGAAGUCAAAAGACAAAUAUGCCGUAGAAGAUGUAAAAUCAUUAGAAGAAAUCGCGUCUUCUAUUUCAAGUCCGUCCAACGAACAGAAUAAUAACGAUAAGUUCUUUUCACCGGAGGAUAUCAAAGAAAGUUCAAUCAAUAUUGUUGAACAAGUUACUCAUGAACCAAUAGAAAAAGAUCUAGAAACUCGUACAAUAUACUUAAUCACUCACGAAGAAAAGAAAUUGCCACCAAUAAGAACGGUCAAAGUUUUUACAAGCAAGAGCAAUUCUUUAGAAGAUGCUCAAUACCCGGACGAUAAUAUUGUUGACGAAACAUGCGAUAACAAAAUCACUGAUGAAAAGUCUUCCACUAGUAUUAAAAAUAUAGAUUAUAUAGCAGAUACUUCUGCACUAGAAUCGAUAAAGGAUAAAAUUACAUUUAUAUCUGAGGAUGAAGUAUUGAGACAUGACUCAAUCGAUGAGGUCUAUGAAACUUCACAAAAGCCGAUGUCUAGUAUUGACACUGAAAAUAAAUAUGAGGUCGGUGAUUUUUCACUUAGGACCAUCAAUAAAGAAACAAUGACAAGUUUACCACCUACAAUCAGUGCAGACAUUGCAACCGACAAAGUUUCACAUGAAAGUCCUAAAACACAGGAUACACAGGAACCAAGUGACGAAAAAAUUAUAUUAAGCGACAAAAAGUCCAACUCAAAGGAAAAACUCUCAUCUCAAAUUUCUAACGAUACUAAAGAAAAUAUUUGUGAAAACGAAUUCGGUGAAAUACUCGAACAGGCAAUAUUUGGAUCGGUUCAAAAUCGUAGUAGGCCUUCAGAAAUUAGGUCCCCACAUCAAAAUAUUCCAUAUCAAGAAUUGAAAGAAGAGUUAAAAACUUAUUCAAUUGAUUUAGAUAUGAAUCGUAUAGAUGAAAUGUAUUAUCAAUAUGUAAUACAAAUAAAAGACUAUGAAAUAAGUACAGAUCUUGUAAGCUCAUCUAUAAAUAAAAAUUUACCACAAAAUAAGUUUGAAGAUUUUGAACAAAUUGAUAAAGAGGACUUCAAAGAAGGUAGAUUAUUUACACCUGAAAAUGAAGAAUCUCCAAGAACAAAUUAUCAAGAUUUAAAGGAUGCUGAAAAAAUUUUAGCACAUAGAACGAGUAGUAUUACAUCCGAAACACACACAGAAAAUGAGACAAAUGAAAAUGAAAAAAUAAAAUUAAAGGAGGAUGGUCAGGAACAGAGCGAUUUCAAGCCACUUUCAACUACUGAAACUAUAAAUUCAAAAUUAGACAGCUCAAUUAUGAAAAAUGAUACUAUCGAUAACAUAACUAUUACUUCAUUCGGAAAACAAACUUUAAAUUCAAUAGAAAACUUGUUGCAAGAAGUACCGCGACAAAAUUAUUUUGAACUGUCUGAUGCCGAAAAAAUUUCCGUCCUACACCAACAAACAGAACACAAUGAAUCACCUAAAGAGAAGAUAACAGAACGGAAAGAAGAAAAAGAUCUCAUAUAUGAAGUAGCACCUAGACAUAGCUAUCAUGAAAUCACUGAUGCAGAACAAUUAUUAGCAACGGCACAACAGUCUACUGAAAAUUUGUUUGAAGCAAAAUCGGAAAGCUUACUCAAAAUUGUAAAAGAAAGCGAACACGGUGUUAGUAUUGUUGAAAGACCAACUAACAGUUAUCAUGAAAUUAAAGAUGCUGAAACAUUAUUAGCUGAAAUAAAAUCAAUUGAAGCUAUUCAAGAACCAGUUCAACAAAUAAAUGAAAAUAAUAGUUUAGAAAAUUCAUCUCAAUCACGUCCUCAUAUUUCUUCAAAUAAUGAAGACGAACAACUCACCACGGACAAAUAUUCAUCACAAUCAACAAGUCAAGAACAAAGUGCACAAAAUUACGAAUUUAAUUAUGAAGUUCCAAAAUAUAGUUAUCACGAAAUUAUGGAUGCGGAAAAGCUAUAUGCAAGAUCACUCCCCUUUAAUCGCGUUGAAUUAUUUACAGAAAACAGUAAGGUGUUCAGUACUGAAACCAAUAUUGAUAAUGCUAAACAACCCGUGUGCAAUGAAACUACGAAAGUCGUUGCCACUGAAAAUAACUUUGAACUACCUAUUAAAGAAAUUCAAGUACUGGAAGGUCAGAGUUAUAAUUAUCAUGAAAUACGUGAUAGUGAAAAUGUAUUAGCUGAAAUGAAUACAUUACAUGGAAAAGUCGAAGUUGACAAAAAUGAACAAAUAUCUUUCAUAACUGAAUCAGGUGAAAAUAAUAUUAAAGAUAACAUAAUUGAAAAAACACUUGAUUUUCUUAAUGUUGAAAUAUCGUCAGGUGUACAAGAAGUAGUAAAAACUGAUAAUAUUUGUAAAAAGGAAGUAGAAGAAGUUUCUGAUGAAGAAUAUGUGUUUGUUGAAGCCAACUUGGAGGAAAAAGGCAUCGUUAUUACGGAAAAUAUCAUUCCUACCUCAGCUAUCUUUAACAAAGAUGAUCAGGAAAUCGAUGUUUCGUUUGAAAUUGAUGAUAUCAAAGAAUCACUGGUACCUGUUGUUUUUGGUAAUGCAAAAGACAUAAUUGUGCCCGAACAAAACUUACAUGAAGAAACCUGUAAAAUGGAGGAUAUUCCGGAAAUCAUUACAAUGACAGAAGUUGUGUCUCCUUCUGCAAAAACGAGUGACGGUAAAUCCAGAGAAGAAACAAAUAUAGAUAAUAUUACGAAUGCACCUACAAUAUCAGCAUUAGAUGAAAAUGAUAGUGACUUAUCCUCACAGCCUUUUACUAUCUCGGCGGAAUCCUCUUUAACUGAUGUACUUCCUUCACAAUUAAAAUCUCCGUCAAGCGAUACGCCUGAAGACUAUGUUAGGGAAUCAAGUGUAGAAUGUCUGAAAAUUUCUACAGAUGUUACUGAUAGUGUAGUUUUGGAGCAAAAAGACGUCCCAUUAACUGAUACUGUCCCUCGUGCCGAAAAAUCCCCUAUACAUAGCCUGCAUGAACUACUUCCUGAAAUUGAUUCCAUUCCCGAAUUCAAACCAUCGUAUUCCAACACUAUACUCUUUUCCAAUUUAUCGGCUGAUGCACCAGAGUUCACACCUUCCUAUAUGUAUCAAAACGUACAGAAUACUGUCUCUAAAAACAAACAAGAAGAGGGUGAUCAGCCCCUUCAAACAGGGCUUCUUACAGAAAUCAAACAUUCUGAUGAAGAAUAUGAUCCGCAUAAUCAAGGCAUUAGGAAUACAAUACUAUCUACAACAGUUUACGAAACUAAGGGCGAUACAGAAGUGCAGGAGUCAAUUAAAGAUACAACUGAAACAACUUUAACUAAUGAGCCAGAUCUUAUUUUAGAAGAUAAUGAAAUUAAACCCAAACGUAAUAAGAAAAAGAAAGCUAACAAAAAGGAAACUAAAUCAGUGACUACAGAAGCCGCUAAAGUAGGCGAAAUUCCUAAGUUAGCUGAACCAGAUAAUGUAUGGGCAAAAGCCUCAGAAGAUGGUAAAUCGUAUGCUGAAGUUGUCGCGGAUGGUUUAACAUUAACAUCCACUGAAACGAGAGAAUGGGAAACACUAAAUAUAAAAGAAGAAACGCCGGAGCCAAUUUUAAAACAAGAGCAAAUAGAAGAAUCAAGAGAAAUUCCACUUGAAAAUUUAAGUGUAAUCGGGUCUUGGGCCAAAAUAGUUGCAUCAAACCGAUCAUCGCCUGAACGAAUAGCCCCGAAAAAAGAAUCAAAACAAAAUGUACCAACUCUUCACACAAUACAAACACCAGUUAUUUUAGUUGAUGAAACCGAGGAAUCAUCUAAGUUAGUAAUGGAAGUUGAUUCCGAAGGAUUCAUUACUGUUGAAAGACAUAGGAGAUCGAGAUCUCGUUCGAGAGAUAAGCGAUCUAGAUCUAAAUCAAAUUUGUCUCAAAAACAUGAAGUUUGUGAAAAAUCCGAAAACAAGUUUGACGCUCUAUGUAAUUUGAAUCUUGACGUCAGUGAACAAAAUCAAGGAAUGCAAUCGAGUGAAGACAUAGAAGUAAAGAGAAAAGAAGUUCCUAAAAAACAAAGUACGGCUCAAUCAAUUGAAAAAGAGAUACCAGAUAGUACGCAUAUUCCAGAAAAGUCGUCUAAAAAGAGCAAAAAGAAGAAGUCCUCUAAAAUGAAUGCAAAGGAAUCAGACAACGAAACCAGUGAACCUGCUAAUCAAAAUUUACAAGAUAUUGAACAUGCAAAUACAAAUAUAGCAGAAGAAUUAGAGCCUCAGAUAGUAUUACAAGCAGAAUCUAUUGAAUCAAAUAAAAAGAACAAAAAGAAGAAGAAAAAUCAAAAAUCGGAAAGUCAUCACUUGGAUGAGGUAAAGACUAUUGAAAAACUUGGUGUUGACAGUUUUAAAGAGACGGCUCCUGAACUUACUGAAAAAGAGAAUAAAAAAACUGAUGCUUUAGGUGCCUAUCCAUCCGGAAGCUCUGUUCCUGUUAACAACGAUAAGGCAUCGACAAUUGCAAUAAAUGCACUUUCUGUUUCUGGAGAAUCCCCAUCCAUUAUUAUGGAAGGAAUUUCGCCAGUUCAAAUCACCUUAUCAUCAGCAUCUAAGGGGGAACAAACGACUUCACUUUUACUUGAAAAACAUAUUUUAACCACGGACAGUACUCAAAAUCAAACGCAAAAAAUUGAAAGCCCCAUUUCAACUCCAGAAUCUCAACAAACACCUAUCAAAGAUAGACUUUUUUCUGAAGCUCAAUUCUGGAAAGUUGAUCCCAAUGAUUUGGACGAUUUAACCGAAGUUAUAACAGUAGAAAUCGAAACCCCAGAAAGUACUGAACAACAAACAGUUUGUAGCGGCCAAGAAAAUAAACAAGAACUAGAAGAAAUAGAAAUGGACCCUAAAAAUAUUGACAGCGAAAAAUUAUUCACCGCAAGGACUACUGAAGAAGAGACCAGAAAUAUUGAUAACAUUUUAGAGCCAGAAAAUUAUGAGAAGGGGAAAAUCAGUGAUGAACAGUCACUUGAAGACAAGAUGGCGGAUUUACAAAGAGAAAUAGAAGAACUUCUUCUUCCUGAAAACGAUACUUCCUUAAUAAGUGACGAUAGUCCGAGAGAAUUAAUUGAUAACCAAACAUCUAUUGAAUACCAAAAUGAUGAAAUUUAUGAAAUUAUUUCACCAAUUCUUGCAUCACCUGAACCUGAAUUACAUGAUUUAAUUCCAGAAGAUACUGAAUUAGUGGAAGGCAAAAAUUUAGGUGAUAACAAAUUCAUAGAAACCAAUGAAAUCAAAGGUGUGAUAGAACACAUAAACGCAUCACUUACAAAAACAGAUACAUUAGCCGUAAAUCCCCCACUUGUAUCUAAUACUGACAGCCAACCACAAACAAUAGUAAUGAAGUCCAAUGAACCUACGCUCACAAUUAAUAUUGAUUCCUCUACUAACAACAUCUCUUCAAACCUAAAACCUGAAAACUUUUGGACCCAAAAAUUCUUAUCUGAUGACGCUGAACGUUUACUUUACGAACAAAAGUCAGAAGUACCAAAACAAUCUGAGAUUAAUCCCGCAUUAAUACAAAAUAAAAUUUUAAGUGUAGAGGAAAAUAUAAAAAUCGAUGAACCCUAUUGGCCUGACAAACAUUUAUAUCAUGACGCGGAAUGUCGUUAUUUCCUACUUAUGGCAAAUAAACCAAAAUUUGUACCUUCAUCUAAAACUGAUACUGAAUUUGAAGACGGCAAUGACAAAGAUAAAGAUCCGAGCGGUAGUUCAGGCCAUUCAUCCGAAACCGAGGAGCCCGACCACUCAUGUGGUUCUCCAUUUGAUUCUAAUUACAUUUCCAUGGAUUUACCUGGCGGAAUAUGUAGUUGGAAAGAUAAAAGCUCGUUCCUAAGUAUAGAAACACCUACCGACUCUUUGACUGUGUUGAGCGAAGAUACUCCACGGUUAGGCGACAUUCGAGAGGAUAUACUAACCACCUCACCCCUAGAACCAGUAGCCCCAUCCCAACCUCCACAGGACCCAGCGGAAGGCGGAAGGCCCCAGAGGACAGCUAAGGAUGAGUUAUCUAACGAUAUUGAGAGCCUCCUUGAAGAAGUGAGAAAUGUACAAACUCGCCUCUCGGAUCUGCCUGACGAGAGUCUUCAAGCCAUGGAAGACGGUCUUAGGGAGGGUAUCACGGUGCUAGUCAAGUGUGAAGAAGCGACCGAAUUGUUGGAGACGAAAAUAAUGGAGUACCGUCAAGAGCAGGAAAUACAGGCUUUGUUGAAAGAUCUGAUCAUAAUGAAAGCAAGGAUCUCUAAAUUACUUACACAGGCACGCCAGGGUCUAGACAUCAUCCAGGUAAGAAAGGACGCCAAAGUAGAGGUGGCACGGCAAGCUAAAGAAAUUGAAGAACAUAAAGAAAAUAUCAGCAAACUUGAUAAAUGGCUUGAGAAUAUAAACGGAGAAUUAAAAGAAUCUAGCAAACAAGCUGAUGUGCUUAAUGAAGACGAUAUAACAAGGUAUAUAGAUAUUUACGAAAGAUAUAUUAGAGAAUAUGAGGAAUAUGAAACUAUAUUGAAAUCAAUAACUGUGAUAAAUCAAGAUGAAUCUAGUCAGUCUCUAAGAGAGAAGUUGGCCGCAAUGCAGAGGUCAUUAGCGGAAACAAAGAGUCUAGUCAUUAUUGAAAUAGAAAGAUUGCGUCAGGUGUUAUUGCAUAUGCAAUCGUUACCUGAACAGGAGCUGAUUGAAGAAGAUAUCUCACAGACAGAUAGAACAAUCGACUCUACAUCAAUGCCAGAAGAAGUAGUUACACCAAGAAAUAUUGUUGUAAAGGAAGAAGUCAAACUACAAGAAACUGUGUCUGAUAAAGCUCCAACAGUGCAAGAAACGAAACCUGUAGAAGAUAAGGUAAACGUAAAAGACGUUGAAAUUCAAGAAGUGAAACCAACAAAUACGAUAGAUACGCAAACUGGAAAGAGCCUUAUGUCUGAUGCACCAUCUGUAUCAGAUAAAUCAGUAAUAUGUCAACCAGAUGUAAAAACAACACAUGACGUAUCAACAACUUGUGCACAACCACAAGAAAUUGAGGUUCAAACAAGUGAACCACAUUCAGAAGAAAAAGAAUUGUUUGAAAGCAUACAAGUAAGACAAACAAUAUCUGACGGACACGAAACUAUAGAGAUUGCAAGCAGGCCUGUAAUCAGAGACCAAAAGGUCAAUGAGCAAUCUUUACUAGUUGAUGCAAAUUAUAAGGACAAUAACGCCUUUAAAGAUUCCCAACUUAAUAUAAUACACAGUCUUCCACAUUCAUUUGAGACAGUAAUGACUGAACCUGAUGAAACAACAACGGAAGUUGUUGUAGAUGCCGAUGGAACAAAGAGAAUUAUAGUAAGAAAAGUCAGGAAAACAUUAGUAACUAGGCAACAAACUGUCCAAACACAACAGCAUACGUCUCAUAUACUUUCAGGUGACAAUAUACCACAGGACAAAUCGUUUUCUCAGAUUACGCUUCAUGAAGACCAAGGACAUACAUCCACUACGUUAGAUGAUGGUGGCGUUCGACACAUUCAAUACCAGACCUACGGUGGUCAAGUUAUAUCUGGGCUACCAGGACGUGAAAUGACUGUCCAAGAAUUCACUUCCAAACCAGAUAUGGUAAUAAGAAUGGAACGUGGAAUGAAACCGGAAGAUAUCUUACAACUUACCGAAAGCGACGUUCAACCUCAAAUUCAAACAUCGUCUAGCGUUACAGCUGUUGUUCAACAAGUAACAAAGAGAAUAGUUAAAACAAGGCGGCGUAUAAUUCGUCGAGUUGUUAUAAUCGAUGGUAAAGAACACGUUACAGAAGAGGUUAUUGAAGAACCAGAUAAUGUAGAAGUUUAUGAAGAACAGAUGCCUAGAGUUUCCAUCAACGUAAAAGAUCAAAGUGGAGUACAAUUUGAGGAACUCGAUGACUCAAAAGGAGACGAUAACAAUGAUCAACCUCCAGCUCUUCCGCCUGAUUCUCCUGAAGAUAAUAAAACACAAGAAAGCAAGUCAAGUGAGAAGGAUAAGAAAUCUCACCACAAAGAUGAUCAAACAUCUCCUAACAAACCUUUUGAUGAGUCAACUCUUACUGAAUCAAAAGAACUGCAAAGUGCGCUAAAAGAAUUUAUGGAAAAAGAAUCUCGAUAUAGCUCGCAACCUGAACUUGUUACCAUGACCGUGAGAGAUCAAGAAUAUAAUCCCAAUGAAAAAAGCGCAAACAUUUUUGAAACUAAAACUACAACAGAUCCCCAAAGUUACAGAAUUCAAGAACCUGGCGAUGGUCAAACUGUGAUAAUAACAGGGGGAGCACAAUACUCAACUGUCGAAUCAUCCUCUAACAUAGCUACUGUUGUUCAAAAAAUCACUAGAAAAAUAACCAGAACGAAGAAACGUAUCAUUAAACAUAUUCAAAUAAUCGAUGGUAAAGAACAUGUUACGGAAGAAAUCAUUGAAGAACCUGAUGACGUGGAAAUAAUUGAAGAAGAACCGCAAGUUACACAUAAUUUACAAACACAAGGCAUCAAAACAAAGCGUAUCAAGGUAAUAAGACAAGUGCAAAUAAUUGAUGGAAAAGAACACGUUACUGAACAAGUAAUAGAAGAGCCCGAUGAUGAAUACGUUCCAGAAUCUACAGUUACCGCAGAAAUUGGCAUCAAUAUUAAUAAAUCAGAAGGUCACACAUAUGAUGACAAAAAUACUACAAAAACAAGCAAAGUUUCGUUGGUCACUGAUAAAAAAGUAAUAGAAUCUGAGUGUCAAGCAGAACCACAGAAAGAAAUAGAUACAGAAGUGCUACAAUCAUCUUCGGUUCCAACAACUGUUGCAGCACUUAGUAAGUCUUAUGAUGAAGUUGUUACUACAACUGUAGCACCUGAUUAUGAUAGUACAGUGAAGAAAGAAACAUCAAUUGUAGAUGUGACCAAGACAUUACUUAGUAGUGAAAUUGAUCAUUCCACUAACUUAAAUUCAUCAUCAAAAAUAAAUAUUGCACCAACUGAAGAAAAAACAGAAGUCAGAGUUAUAGCUACUCCAUCAUCAGUUAUAGAAACCACUGUGCCUUUUACUGUCACAGGUACAUUAACACAAGAAGAUAUUCCACAAACUAUUACAUCAACAAUAGCAACUGACAUUCUUUCUCCAGAAACAGAGACUGUUUCAGCUAUUAUAGAAAAAGCAAAAAAUACUCCAAUGACUCCAGAAGACAAAAUAACUUCUGGUUCAGUGAUAUCUAGUCAAAGUGUUAAGGAUUCAAAAGUUGAACCACAAGAGUCUCCAGAAGAUUUUACUUUCACAGUCACAAGUCCUAACAUCGAUGUCAUGCAAUUAACAAAAGAACUUUUAGAAAAAGAAAACAUACACUCUCAAUUAAUCCAAGAAACAGUAGAAGUACCUAAAACAAAAGCAUCAUCUACAGUAGAAAAAGCAAAAUCUGAUGAUGAUAAUCUGAGUACAGUAGAAUCAAUUUUAGAAGCAAGUAUUCGUGUUAUGGAAGAGCCACAUGAAUAUCAAGUAGAACCACAAGAAUUAACUGCUGAAACUUCACCUAAGCCAAAAACUGAACCAGAUACUUCUCAUGAAAUUUGUUCAACUCAACAACAAAUAAAAGCAGAAGAGGCACCUGAAUAUAGUUCAGUAGAAGUUGAACCUAUAAGAGUCGGUACAACUCUAACUGAAAGUGAUAUACAAACUUUACCUGAAACUUCAGAAGUGUCCUACAUACAACAAUUUGAAUCGCAAACUACAUCAUCCACAGGAAAUAUUGGCGAUGUUCUCGAACCUCAUACCUCUGUGGACAAAAAUAUCAUGUCUACUACGGAUAUCUCAGAUAUAACAAAGUCUGUUAAUAUUAAAGUUGAUACAAAAUAUGAUAUUAACACGCUAUUAGAAGCUGAAAGACAAGAUACACAUUUACGUGGUUAUUCUGAAAAACCUAAACCUAAAGAUGAUAAAUAUGAGGACAGCCAGGAAAUAACAUCAGUGAUAGAAAAACCUUCACAAACAAUUGAUAUAUCCAUGUCUAUUACCAAAACUCGUGAGGUAAAAGAAACUAAACCAAAAGUACAGUUUGACAUAAAAGUUGAAGGAUUCGAAUCAGAACCUACAAUCGUAAAGAAAGAUAUAAAUGUGAAUCUUCCACUUGAUGUUAAAAUUACUGAACAGCAUGUUCCGGCUUCUACUGCCGAUCUUGUAAAAAAAGAAGAACCGUUGUUAACUGAAGAAGCCCCUGAAGAGUCCAUAAAAGAACGUAAACGAAGUAAAAAGAGAAAGAAAAACAAACGUGGAUCAGGAGACAGUGACUCAGUAAUUACUGAAAUUGACACAGAAAAGAGUGUGAGUGAAAGUGAAAGUACAUCUCUCAGUCAUUACAUAGAAUUACCAACCUCGCCACCUAUUGAAUCACCCAAACCAACUCAAGAAAUCCUUGAGUCGACUGAACAUAAAACAGAACUAGAAUCUCCAGUAAUUGAGUCCGAAACAAUCCCUGAAGAAAUUGGUUAUGAGCCAGAAGAUGUUUCACUGGGUCCGAUUACUACUCCUGAUAAAAAGAAAAAGCAUAAGAAGCGUAAGCAACAUAGUGUAAGUGAAGAUACCACUUAUCCUAAACUCAGUACAACCGACUCCGAUGAAACAUCUAUGACGACACCAACAGAACUUGCUGAGCCAAUCAUAGAAAAGAAAUCAAAAGAUAAAAAAAGAAAACAGAAGAAAGCACUGACUGAAAAAUCGGAGCAAGAUAUUGAUAAAGAGCAACAGAUAAAAUCUGGCAGUCCAAAACUUGGCAGCGAAAUCAUAGAGACAUCACCAAGGGAGGAGUCAUACCACACCAUGAGUGAAGUGUCAGAUAGCACUACUGUUAAAAUAAUUGAAGAAUGUAUACAAAGUAGUCCAGAAACACUUAAAAAGGAAGUAACUACAACAAUAACUUACCCAGUUCCUGUAGUAGAACAGAUAGCCACUCAAGAAUAUUCAGUUCAAACAUCACCUGAAGUUUCACUUCAACAGGAAAAAGAUGAAGACAUUCCAAAACCCGAAACAGUUGACAUUGUACAACAAACAUCUCCUACGCCUUUGAAAGAAUCAUUAGUUCAAACUACACCAGUAGAAGAUCAAGAAGCUCAUACUCAAACAAUGGAGGAUGUCACGGUUAUUGAAAAAGUGCCAAUGUCCGAUUCUGAAAUACAAACAAGUAGAACAGAGACGCCUGAAGUUAUACAACUAGAAGCUACUACUCAAGUUAUAGCGUAUGAUAUAGCUGCGCCUGAAGAAAAAUUCUCUCAGACGUCGUCUCCUAUUGAGGAACCAAAAAUAGUCGAAGAAGUUGAAGAACCUCCGAUUGAAACUGAGUGUAGAGAAAUACAAACUUCGCCUUUCCCGGUAAUUCAGAAGGAUGAAAAGAGUACUGAAAUUGUGAUAGAAACAAGUGACACAGAUAUUCAGACUGUACAAAGGGAGAUUAUUGAUCAAGAAACAUCUAUGUCACCUGUCAAAGAAAAAGAGUUAUCUGAAAUGGGCAUGCAAACGCCUGAAGUUCCUGUUACGACUAGUUUCACUCAAUCUGAUGAAUUUGAAUCUGCAGAUAUUGACGAACCAAAGAUUAAAGGUACGAUAGAAGUAACUACCACGGAAAGUGCUCAGCAAACUUCGCCACCUGAAUCACCCGAAGAGUCAUUAAAAUUAGUUACUCAGGCACCAGAAGUAACUGACUCUACACAACAAACAUCUCCAAGAGUAGAGUUUGAAGAAACAAAAGAAUCACAAUUAGCAUCUAUUGAUGAACCAAUGAAAACGGAGAUUACUACUAUUGACAGUUCCCAACAAACUUCUCCUAGAGGCGACAUAGAAGAAGCACCGAAGGUAACUGAGCCAACUAAGGCUGACAUUACUACUAUCGAUACAACCCAACAAACUUCACCAAGAGAAGUUGUAGCAAAAGCAAUAUCCCCAGAUUUAGAGCUUAUUAAAACCGAAAUCAUAACGGUUGAUAAUACUCAACAGACGUCACCAAGGGAAGAAAAACCAAGGUCACCGGAGAUGGAUCCCAUUAAGACUGAAACUAUUACUGUAGAUAAUAUACAACAAACAUCACCAAGGUAUGAUUCUAUACCAUCAGCACCUCAGAUACCAAUUCCUCAGCUCGAAAUGGAUAAAGUAACCGUUGAUACCACACAACAAACAUCUCCAAGAGGGUAUUCGGAGAACUCGAUAUCAACAUCUACAGAUGAACCCUAUGAAGUACACCUAAGAGCUCAAAUUUCAAUUCCUCAAACAACUGAUGACUUCCUUGCUAAUGAAAGAAGUAAACAGGAAAGGCCUCAAUCAAUUAUAGGUGAAAAACAGAAACAAAAGAAGAAAAAGCACAAAAAGAAACCCGAUUCGGCUCCCGUUCAUUCCCCAGAAAGCUUAUCAGAUCCUUUAACGACAGAACUUUCAAUGUCUGAAACACCGACUAGUGAUGAUUGGUCUAACAAAGAUCCGUCAUCAAUUGAUGAAGGAAUAUCUCAUAUGAUUAGCCCGGUAGCGCCAAGAAAAUAUGAAAAUAAUGUGCCCAAACUUACAUAUUCCGAUGUGGUUCAAAGGUCAAAAUCUAAAUCGCCUUCUCCAAGCAAAUAUAUUCCAAAGAAAACUGAAAAAGCAAAGCUACUGGAUACUAUUGUGAAACGUACGCAAUCAGUGAAUGAACCAUCCAAAACUGUAGACAACUCAAUGGCACUGGUAUUAUAUGAACCAGGAGUAGAAAAAUCAUAUGAUUUAAUUGUCAAUAAGGAAUUGAAUGAUGUCAAAGAUGCUGCUGAAAAGAACGAUCCAUCUAGGGUAGAAAAAAGUGUUGUUGUAGUUAUAGAAACAAUAUCUAUUUGGCUGGAGGAAAUACAAUAUAAGAUCCUUCGUGACACAGCUAGUGGCAUUAAAGAAAUUGAAGAAAUUGAACGCCUUAAAUCGAUUCAGAGUUACAUACGGAACCUAAAAGAAAUUAUAGAAGUAACGGAAAUAAAUGAAGAAAUUGUUACGCUUAUAGAAACAUUGACACAACAAGUCAAUGCAGUUGGCACACUUAGCAAACAAGGGCCGACUAAAGUUCAAGAAAAUGAAUAUGAGUGGCGUAAAUUUUUGGACGAAACAGAAAAAUUGAAACAAAGUGUUAAUCAAGUUAAAUCCAAACUUGAUGAUGUGAUACUGUCGGAUAUUUCAUCACAACAUAAACUUGAUAAACUCGAUAAGAUUGAAAUAAAUAAUAGUGACAAUUGUGAUAUUGCAAAGAAACUUUUUAGAAAAUACAAAGUCUUUGCUGAAAAUAAUUCUAAGCUGGAAUGUCCUUCAGAACUUUUUACUAGCGAUGAUGAUAUUAAACACAUUGAAAAUGUUAUUAACACUGAAAGAGAUAGAAUUUUACAACUUACAUCAUUAGUUGAGGAAUACGAACAAACUUUACAAGACUUUGGUCAAAUUUCAGACGUAGCUGAGGCCUUACUUGAUGGUAAAAUUAUUGUUUCUAACUUAGAUCAUUUGCAUGAAGAAAUUCAAAAACACAGAAAGUUCUUUGUAAAUCUUAGCCAUUGCAGAGCUAUUCUUGAGUCUCUAGAAGAUAAUUUAGAUAGUGAAACUAAAUCUAAAUAUUCUUCGUUACAUAAUUCUUUGCACGAUAGAGCUACUUUGAUCAUUGAUAGGGCAGCGAGCAGAGCUCAACAGAUGACUCUAGCAGCUUCGAAAUGGACUACUCUAGAACAAGGCAUGAAAGCUGAAAAGCAAUGGUUAAUUGUAGCUCAGCAAAGAGUGCCUGAUCUUACAAAUGUGACUUCAAUGGAUCAUGAACAAUACAUCAAUUUGUAUCAAUCACUUAGUCUUGAUGUGUCGCAUCACUAUGCUAAAAUGUUACGUCUCUUGUCGAUAACAGAGAGCCUACAAAACCUUAUAAUUUGUUCUGGUCUGGAAACCGAAUGCUCCAUUGCUUUAGAUACUCUAUUGAAACUGCAAGAAGAUGUAGAUUCUAAAUUGACUAGGCUUACCGCAUUCAAAGAAAACUGGAUAAUGUAUGAUCACCUUAUAGAUAGAAUCGAAGGGUGGAUUAGGUUAGCCAACCGAGAAUUGGAAAUCAUCACUCCGGAAAAUAUAACAACUUCAGGACAUCUUCGCCGGUUCUGGGAGUUGAAAGCUCAGCACGAAGUACAUAAUAAUCUAAAAACUGAAUCUGGUGUACAGUUUGAAAAAGCUCUUGAAAUUCUUCCUAUAUCAGACGAAAUGGUGCAAAGACAAUUUUUCUCUAAAAUUGAAGAUAAAUGGCGUGACCUAGCUGGCAAGAUUGAUGUGAUUCAUAAUACAGCCAUUCAGAAUAUUUCCGAUCGUGAUGUAACAUCAGGAGAGAAACUGAACAUUUUAGAAGAAGAGAUAAGAGAACUGCGUGCGUCACUAGAUGGCCUCAAAGGAGUUAUUAAGAGCGAAGACGAAUUGAAUCUGUACAUAGAAAGACUUCAAGUUAUGACGAGCCGUAUGGAUAGAAUACAAAAUGAGCUUGGCAGGCUCAGUUUGCUACCUACAGCAGAAUCCGAACGUUUAGGUGCUCUACUCACACAAUCUGGAAUCCUAGAUGAUCAGAUAUCUGAAGAACUUGAAAGGAGUUUACUACUGAAAGAGAAAAUUGUGCAAGUACAAUCUGGUAUAAUUCGUUGCCAGAAAAGUCAGCGCCGCGCUCGACUUACGUUGGAAGAGUGUGAAUCAGCAGAGCGCCUUGGUAGCGAUGUUGUCGAGAGAGCAUCAGAGAAUUGCGAGAGAUUGUUAGAAGAUCUGGCCUCACAAUGGAGGGAUAUUUUGGCGCUAAGGCAAGCUUUGCAUACCUUGCCAACAUGUUUACGUGUUUGCGUGUCACCUACUGGCGUCGAGAAAGAUAUAUCAGCUCUUCAGGAGACCCACUCGCAGUUAGAAGCGGCGUGCAAUGAGCUCAGCGCGCGUCUACGUGCCAAGGUCCAACUGUGGAGGAGAUUCGAGCGGCAGUUGGAAUUGGUGCAAGGCGCUGUGAGGGAGGCCGACUACAUGGUCGAACUCCUGACAGUCCAAGGGCAAGUGGAUUACGAUCGACUGCUGAAGGCCACCGAAAAACUUGAGACACUUAGCGAAUCCCUCUCCCGACGAAGCGGGGAACUGGUGGGGGAACUGAAGAACGCAGCUGCCCCAUUGGAGGCGUCCACGGAACCGUCAGUCGCCGCUCAGCUGCGGAGGGAGUUGGACGACGCCGCAGCGGCCUAUGAGCACACUUGCAGCAAUCUUACACAACUGUGUGACAAAUACCACAAGGCAGUAGAACUGUGGAAGAGGUACCGGGACGCGGCUGCUGCCGUGAGGACCUUCGCUGAGUUCUUAGAAGGCCGACUGCACUCCCUCCGACCUGAUGAUGCACCGGCUACUGCCCAGGCAUGCCUGGAACAAGAGUCCAGGGUGGCGGAACUCCGUUCCCUGGCCGCCAGAGUGGCUGACGAGACCGGGUCCAGGGCUUUACAAGCUGAUGCCGAUGCCUUAGCCAGGCGCCUGCAAUUGGUCGCUGGAGCUGUGCAAGUCCUGGCCGACUUGGGUGAAGCGAGACAGCUGGCUAGGGCGAAAGCCUUGCAUGCUAAGGAGAAACUGUGUGAUAUGAGACAGGAUCUGGCACCUUUACACGAAGAUGGUGAAAUUGUCGAAGAUAAACUAAUAGCCCUGCGUGAUAACUUGAUUGCACUUGGCAAAAGCGAAGCAGAUAUCGCACCUGGAAAAGCAGAAUUGCCAGAGAUUGAUCGUGAUAUAUCUGAUGAACACUCUAUUGUUAGAAUACUAGAACUAUGGCAAGCUAUGUUCAGGGACACGUUCUUACAUUACCACCGCCUGUCUACUGCUCUAGUAAGAUCCGGCGAUGCAACAACAGCUCUCAAACUAUGGCACGAAUAUCUUCUAGAUCUGCAAUCAUUCCUAUCGGGCUCAGUGCCGGCUGAUUACGAAAAUCUCACUGAACAUCGCCGGUUGUGUAGGGUACACAGAAAUCUUCUCACAUCACAACGAUCUGUACUUAUGACCGAAAACAGGGAUUUAAGGAAUAGAGAACUAUCAGACAGAUUUGAUAUGAUGACUAACCUCCACAACGAAACCCUUGCACGUAUUGUUGAAAGACAUGACGAAGUUUGUACACGUAUUGCCGCUUGGGAUGAUUAUAGAGAAAUAAAUACAGAACUACUACGCUGGCUCAAAGAAAUGGAACGUGAAAAGGAAAAGCUACAACUGAGAUACGUUCAUAUGAAGACUAUACAUAAAAUACUGUCCAAAAUACAGAAUCUCUCAGACAAAGUACCUGAAGGAAGAAAGCAAUCGGAAAAACUUUUGACAAAUCUCAAGAAAGUGCUCGAAUUUACAGAAGAAACGUACGGUGCAUCGGUUAGGAUUGAGUAUGCUGGGGCUGUGAAAAGAGUAGACAAUCUUCAAGCUAGCCUUGACACAUGGCGAGACUUCUUAAAUAGAAUAUUGGCUCUCAUUAGUGAAUACGAAACUCUUACAAAUGAUCUUCAUAAACUAUUCUCUAAGACGCAGGAUGACAUCAACUCGUAUUCCGAUGAAGAACGCCUAUCCAGACCUCAGCUUAAGAAAGCCAUAGACAAAUACACCGACCUGAGAAAGAAAAUAGAAAAGACAGAAACUCAAAUAGAAGCUUUAAGUGUUAUUCAAGAACAAUUGAAAGAAUGUUUAAGUCCUCAAGAUAUAAGAAUAGUCAACCAAAGAAUAUGGCAACUACGGCAACAGAGAGCGGAUUUAGAGCAUCAGUUGUCAAUUAUCAUCCACCGCUUACAGGAACGCCUUGAAGUUUACUCAAUAUUCGAUUCACGAUUGACACGGUUUGCUGAAUGGUUGAAAAAUCUUGAAUCGCGACUUGAAGUUUCUAGCCAAAAUGGUGAUGUCGGAGCACUUGACCCACAAGACCUGAUCAGAAGGAUCAACUCCGAAGUUCAAGCAGAAACUUCACUUAAAGAACGAGAAUUUGAAUGGCUUGUUGAAACCGGCACCUUCCUUGUCGAACUUUCAAAGAAAGAUGAAAAAUCUUACAGUAAGAAUAUUUCCAAACAAAUAAAAGAUGUACAGGAACGCUGGCAGAAACUACAAGAGACAGGAAGAAGCAGAAUUGCUAAGAUCACGGAAUUGCUUGAAACUAUAUCACAAUUAGAAGAAAGACUAACAGAAAUAAGAUUAAAAUUACAUACAAUUGAAUCAAAGUUAUCUACAACUGUAACAAUAGAAUAUUUAACAUCAAAAGCUGUUGAUGAGAAAUUUAAAGAGCGGGACGACAUUCAAAAGAAUAUAGAGAAUGAGAGUGGUGAAGUAGGAGAAACGCUUAAUUAUUGCCAAUUGAUAUUUAAUGAUCCUGACGUUCUAAAAGGAAACUUUGAUUUAAGAAAUUUAAAAACUGGUGUUGACAUUGUUGAAAAGAAAUGGAAGAAUAUUUGCGAUAUGUCCGAACAUCGCAAGAACGCUCUUAAAGAAAUACGCAAGUCCGCCGAAUUGGGCAACUCUCUGCUGCCUAAAGUGGAAAAGAAAUUAGACGCAAUCGAAAAACGGGUUGAAAAGAUUGAAACACGCAAACAACGUGGUGAAACUGAAGACGAGAGCGUUACUAAAUCUAUUCUCAAAGACUUGGAUGUCUUGGAAAAUGAUAUCAAGAAAUUAGAAGACGCCUAUAGUCGUGUAGCUUCUACGCGAGGAAUUGAGCUUCGCGGUGCUGGAGCAGAUGACGCGGCGAGGUUAAGAGCUGCAGUUCGUCGCUGGCAGCAACUACGAGUUCGUGUCGAUGCCGCAGGGGCUGAUACCCAUAGACAAUUUGUAGCUGCCCAUGGAAAGGCGGUCGUUGCAUUGGCUGAAGCCGACGUACGGCUAACACGAGCUCUGCAUCUUUCACCAACACCGCAAGACAAAUCUGCUACUCUCCAAGAAUUAGAAGGCGUAGAACAAGAACUGCGCGAGUGUGAGGCCCUUGUCGAGGACGCUGAUCGUCUGUCACUAGCUGUGUCCACAGUAUCAGGUGUACCAGAUAUGGUCGCCGAAUACCACGCUCUGUAUGCUGAUGUGAAAACACGCCUCGACUUGGCCAGAGCUGAAGUUCUUGGGGACGUUGCUGUACAGGUGGAUACACUGACGUGGGAAACCGAUAUUGGCCUCCAAGUAGACACAUUAACAUCUAAAGAAACGUACAGAACAGAACUAGCAUCCGCUGUUAGUGAAGCGUCAGACGCAUUGGAAGCAUUAAGGACUGCUUUACUACAACAACCAAAAGACAACGCCAGUGGUGAUGAACUAGCGACAGCGGCGAAGGAAAUCGCUAAGGCUGGAGCUAAACCUGCACAGACCUUGGAGCUAGCCAAACAUUUGUCUGAGCUACUAUUAACAGAAUGUGACGCGACGGAAGACGAAGCCAUGAUGAAAGAUGUCGAGUCACUAUCUAUGAGAUACGAAGAUCUGUUAGCUCAGGCCAAGAAACGGGAAUUACAGAUAAAUAAUUUGAGGUUGCCCCACUCGGCAUCAUACGCGCUCACGUGCGAACAUGACGCCGGCCGCCUGACAUGCCCGUUGUGCUCAGAGCGCAACUGGAAGCAACUUGACAACGAUUUGUGGAGGCUGGAACAGUGGCUGCAGUUCGCCGAGGCCACCCAAGCGGCUAGAACCGACCCUCCUGAAGAAUACGACGCUUUAGAAGAUGCUAUACAGGACCACCGCGAAUUCCUCCUCGACCUGGACUCGCACAAGUCAAUCGUGGUCUCGCUGAACGUGGUGGGCACCCACGUGGCGCAGCACGCCGAGUCAGUAACCAGGGCGGACAAGGUUCGAGCCCGCCUCGCCGCCGCCAACGCGCGCUGGGACGCCGCCUGCGACCAUGCUGGUGUUUGGCAGAAGAGACUGCAGAGGGCGCUGGUGCAUAAUCAGCAGUUCCAUGAUAUUGUGGUCGAGCUGGUCGGGCGAUUGGCCUCGGCCGAGCGCGGCGUGCGAUCUCGGGAACCGCUGCGCCUCUCGCGGCCGGCGGAGGAACUACAACGCGACUUCCGCCGGUUCAGCGAACUCAGGGACGAACUCACCCGAGCUGAACCCCGAGUGCUGGCAUUACAUGAAUCCGCGCAACUAUUGAGAGCUGGCGAUGCGCCGGCUAACGCUGAUGAUAUCUGCCGAAGACUGGGCGAGCUCCGGCUGCGCCUGCAGUCGCUGCGCAAGCUGUCGGGCGUGUACGCGCUGAAGCUGGGCGCCGCGCUCGCGCGACAGCCCGCGCGCGCCUCCGCGCUCGCCGCCAUCGCCUCCGCGGCCGCGCCACAGCUCAUGGAAGACGAGGAAGAACAGAUCUCCACCUCCAACCUGCCGCCCCUCGACGAGAAUGACGUGGUUUUAACUGAAGAGACCGAAGACCAACAACUGAACAGACUCCAAAGGGGUCUCCGCUUCGUGUGCCGAGUGGCCAGGGCGUCGAUACCAUUCCAGGCCUUGCUGCUGCUGCUGCUGGGAGCCGCAGCCCUGGCCCCACACGCACACUCUGACUGCCGUUCCCCCGGACUGGCCCUGGAGCCUGUCCUGAGAUACCCUGAAGGUCCCCCGCCGCUCUGAUUGAAAAAGCGAAAGUGAACGAUCAAAAGCUGUAUACGUCAACAUUCCCUCUAUGUUGACUGGCAGUAUAAAAAAAAAAAACAAAAAAAAAAACAAAUAUGGCCGCUUUUGAUCAGCGCAAAGCGCUCUCGCCACUGCUUUUUAGCGAAAACGCGGUGACCGAGCGCGCCAAAAUGUGACAUUCCAAGUAAUGGUGCUUUGAACACACCGCGCCCGCCGCCGUUUUGUAUAUAUUUAUAUUAUAACUAUAUAUAACCGUGAAGUUUUGUAUAUUUGUUACUUUGAUUAUUUAAAUGAUAAAAGACAUGCUUGUGAACGCGACGGCGGGCGCGUUGUAUGCGCCGAAAACCGAUCGAAUAUAAAAAAAAAAAUGUUUAUUUAUUUUAUUUAUUUUUUAUUUAUAUAUAUAUAUUAAAAUGAAAUAAUCCGUGUAUCUUAAACGCCGCACAAAAUGAGAGACGGCUUUCGAAUUGCAUAAAUGCAUUGUUACUUAACUGUUAGUAAGUAAGGACUGUUUAUAAUGAAGUCAAAUAAAGCCUUUGUUUGCAUUGAUUAUAUAA